GGGCGUCUCCACUCGAGGAAAAAAUGUCAACAACUCCGUCAUCUGUGAAAGAAGUAUCACGAUUGGUUUUAAUUCAGAAUAUUUCAAUAGAAAGGUGAUUUUUAUUUUAAAACGAUUGCCAUAAUAAAGAUGGUAGCUCUUAAUGCAUUAGAAGCUUGUAAAAUUGGAGACAUAGAAACACUUAAAAAAAUUCAAAGUGUAUCACCAGCAAUAGUAGAUUCAAACGGGGCUUCUUGUUUGCACUAUGCUGCUAGAGGUGGAAGUGUGGCUGUUGUAGAAUACCUUGUUAAAAAUCUAGGAUUUUCACCCUUACAAAGAUCAUAUACAGGUGCCACACCUUUGCAUGAUGCUGCCGCAAAGGGAAACACUGCCAUAAUCAAAUGGCUUUUGGAAAAUACUGAAUUGCAAGUGGAUGAAAAAGAUAGUAGUGCUGUCACUGCCCUUCAUCUUGCUGCUAGAUACAGACAUUUACUUAGUGUCGAGGUAAUUUCUAAUACAUUAUUAUAUAAAAAUAAUAAUCAAUCCCUGGUACCCAAUCAAAAGUAAAUCAUGUUUCCAUUUUUUUAAAAUUUAAAAUCGCCAAGGUACUUCAGAGGUAUCGCUAGAGUGUCGCCCGCGGAAAAGAUUCAUUUUCACUCUCCCCCCCCCCCCCUCAUCAACUCAUUAUUUUCAUCAAUCAAAUAUGCUAAGUCCAUUAUGUUUCCAUUUUUUUAAAAUUUAAAAACGCCAAGGUACUUCAGAGGUAUCGCUAGAGUGUCGCCCGCGGAAAAGAUUCAUUUUCACUCUCCCCCCCCCCCCUCAUCAACUCAUUAUUUUCAUCAAUCAAAUAUGCUAAGUCCAUUUUUGUGCCCCACUUACACAAGUCUUGCGCACAGUGACAUUUCCCCGUCCGCCACCGCUAGCUACGCCUCUGACCUACUUAACCUUUAGCUUUGAUCAGGGUUUCUUAACCUUUUAGCUGGGCUGUACCUCCUUAAGAUUUUAAAUUAUUUUCCUUGACCCUCCUCUACCCCCCCCCCCCCCCUCUCGCGAAGAAGUAUUAUAAUUUAUAAUAAUAAUUUUUUGUGUUUUCGCUUGAAAUAUUUCUGGGUCUUCCCUCACUGCCUCCUGCACCCAGAGGAUAUGUACACCCCUGGCUUAGAAUACCUAGGUAACAUAGUGUAUCUCAAAAGAACGCAAAUUUUGUCUUUAAAAAUCGAUAUCAAGUAAAUUUAACUAUUUUAUUUAAAUUUUUUUGCUUAUUAUUUCAGUGGUUGUUGGAUGAGGCUCAUGCCAAUGCUGGCGCUAGAGCCCAGAAUGAUGCACUCCCGCUUCACUUUGCGGUUGUGGGGGGUAAUAUGAACUGUGUGAAAAUUUUGGUAGAUGAGAAUCCAAGGUUUUUAAUUUUUUAUAUUUAUUUUUUAUUCCUUUACUGCUACAUACUAAAUAUUUUUUUUAAAUUGCCACAUAUAAUAUUGUAUCAAUUGUAUGUUAUUAAAUAUCAAAUUGUAAGAAAUAUUUUAAGCUUUAAACAUUUAGUCUAAUUAUAUUUUUUCAACUAUUAUUUUUAAAAGCAAAUUUUUUGUUGCAACAUCGUAAUAAAUUUUUUUUUUUUUAAAUCCCAAAAGUUGUAUUAUUUCUUAAUUUUUUUUUUUCUUCUUCAAUUUUUUAAAGCCAUUGAGUAAUUGGGCUGUUUAUAUUAUUGUAGUUAUUUUAAGAAUAUCUUUUUAAGGCUGAUCAACAUGCAAAUGAACAAUGGAACUACAUCUGUAUAUCUUGCUUGUCAAGCUGGGUAUUUAGAUAUUCUUAAAUAUCUUGUCAGCCGAAAUGGAGCAACAAAAAUCAAAGCAUAUGAUGCCAUGUCUUGUCUUCAUGCAGCUGCUCAGAUGGGACACCUGGAUAUUGUAAAGUGGUUGGUCAGUAGUAUUCUAAGAUACUAAGAAUUUUUUUCCUGUAAUUACAAUUCUUCUCCAAUAGACAGAGUGAGGUUGAUAAUUGUUGGGGAUCACAUUAUUAUUAGUUUCUGGCAAACAUGUGCCAUUUUUGUUGUUUAUUUUUCUCUUUGAAAUAAAAGGAACAUUUUUUUUAAAUGCAUGUAGAAUUUCUCAUGUUAAUUUAAGAAUGUCUUUUAUUGCUAGAUAAAGGAUGAGAAAUGCAACCCAAAUGACAGAGACUUUGAAGGAGCGACUCCCCUUCACUAUGCAGCAAGCAGAGGACAUGCCAAAAUUGUUGAAUGGAUGCUUAAAGAUGGUGGGGCUAAAAUCACUCUCGAUAAUCUUGGAGGGAGUCCAUUGCAUAAUGCUGUAGAAUUAGGAGAAGUCAAGGUAUGUUUCUAAAACAAUUUUUGUUCAUUGCUUUAAUUUCUUGUAUUUUAAUGUAACAUUAGCUUAAGCUAGACACAUCACUUGAUAAAUUUCUGUGAAUCAUAUAAGAAUGAAAUAAAACAUGAAAAAAUAUUUAUUAAAAUUAAAUUAUGUAAGGAUCACUUGCAUAAAUGAACAUUAAGCCGGCUAUCUGUUAUGCAUCAUCAUCGUCAUUCACACCCAGUGCCUAUUUGGCCAUGUGUCCUUCGGCCUGUUGUCAUGUUGAAGAAUUUACACACCCUCUGCAGCUGUUGGUGUAGUCUUUUGGUUGAUGUUCAGGCCUAAGUUCUGGAAGUGCUGGGCAGUGAAAGAGGUGGUGUGGUACGAUCUUAUUCGGCUUUUUGCUGAGGUGACACAUUGAUGUUUUAUCUUGUUUUAUGUGGUUAAGGUGGGAAUUAAGUUGUAUGUGUCCUGUGCACAGGUGAAAGAGUAUGUGUUAGUGUCUUUGGAGGUAGUUUAUUGGAUCUUUAGGGUCUUGGCUGGGCAUUUCAUAGCCCAUCCAAUGAACCACUCUUCUUUUUUGUUAGGUCUGUUAAUCUGCUCUGCAGUCUUGAGUGAUAUAGAUAUGUUUUGUUGUUCAUUGGAUUCUCCCUGUUUUGCUAGUUUGUCUACUCUUUCAUUUUAUAGUUAGGUGGUUUCCUGGUAUCUACUGUAAGUUUAGCUUGAUUGCAUAGGUUUUAGAGGAAGGUGUUUAUUUUCAGAAGUAGUGAUAGGUAGUGUAACAGUGCUUCUGCUUUAUAAUUAAAGCAGAUGGCCCCACAAGGUCGUCAUAUGAUCGGUCUGGAUACUCUAUUUGUACUCCAUAGCCUGCAUGUAGUGCUCCUUUGAGAACUGACCUAUCUGUAUAUAUAUUUGGAAUAUAUCCUUUCAGUAGGAUGCUAUGGUUUUCUGGAGCUUUCAUUAUGUGUUGUCGGUCUGUAAUUUUCUUUUCUAUAAUUUAGUCUCCAUUUUUCAACUAUUUUUUUCUAUUUGAAUAUUGCUUGUCUAACCUUUUGUACUUUUCAACCAUCUUAAUAACUGCUGACUCUCUUCUAAGAGUUAGUGGCUCAAUAUUAUUUCACAUGCAGCUGUAGGGGUAGAUCUCAGACCUCCUGAGAUGAAAUUGACCUCCUGGCUUGGUAAUAUUCCUGUACUUUCUUGCUGCAAAUUGACUGUAGCAAAAAGCUGUAUUCAUCACUAAUCACACAUAUUCUAUGUACAACUGAUGCAGUGUGGUCUUGUGACUGCCCUAAGAGAUACUGGCCAGCCUUUGACCAAUGUUUAGCCAUCUUAUUUCAAGUUUUGAACAUGCUUUUUAAAAUUCAGUUGUCUAUCUCACUGAACACCAAGACAUGUUGGUAGUCUGUCUUCUUUUUGGAGUACUGUGCCUUGUAGGAUAGCUUUUUUGCUGUUAGGCAACCUUUUGUCUUUUAGUGGAGACUGAGUUUACUGUCUUGGUGUUGUUACUUUCAGUUUCCACCUUUCACAUUAUGUACUGAGUCUGAUCAAAUCUUCUCAAAAAUGCCUUGCUCUUAAACCUGUGUGUCAGCAAGUAUGCAGCAUUACAAGGCCAUUUGUGUAGAGUGCCUUCUCCACCUGCAGCUCUUCUGGUAGCCCAUUAAUGAACAUUAGGAAUAGGGUACAACUCUGUCAAACCUUGUGGAAGCCCUUCUUUCAGGACACACUUUGAUGAGGUGGAAUUUUAUUUUUUGUGUGUGGAUAGUACUAUCAAUAUGAAAGAAUUUAACCAUUUAUACAGCUUUCCAUGAAUAGCUGCAUUUUUUAACUUCCAGAGUAAGCCUUUUCGACACACUAUCAUAGGCCAGCUCGAGGUGGCUGUAAUGUGUUUUUUUUCUUGGAAGCCAUUUAGAAUCCUUUAGGGGGGAAGAAUUGAUCAUCUGUACUCUAUCCAGCUCUGAAACCAGCUGGGUGCUUAUUGCAGGUGCUAUUUCUGGCCACCAGUAGAGGAGUUCAUUGAUUAUUCUUUCUGCUUGGUGCUUAUUGGGGGUGCUAGUUGUUUCUGGCCCCCCGUAGAGGUGAUCAUUAAUUAUUCUUUCUGCUUGGUGCUUAUUGAGGGUGCUAGUUAUUUCUGGCCCCCCGUAGACGUGUUCAUUGAUUAUUCUUUCUGCUUGGUGCUUAUUGAGGGUGCUAGUUGUUUCUGGCCCCCCGUAGAGGUGAUCAUUAAUUAUUCUUUCUGCUUGGUGCUUAUUGAGGGUGCUAGUUGUUUCUGGCCCCCCGUAGAGGUGUUCAUUGAUUAUUCUUUCUGCUUGGUUCUUAUUGAGGGUGCUAGUUGUUUCUGGCCCCCCGUAGAGGUGAUCAUUAAUUAUUCUUUCUGCUUGGUGCUUAUUGAGGGUGCUAGUUGUUUCUGCCCCCCCAUAGAGGUGAUCAUUGAUUAUUCUUUCUGCUUGGUGCUUAUUGGAGGUGCUAGUUGUUUCUAGCCACCAAUAGAGGUGAUCAUUGAUUAUUCUUUCUGCAAGCUUUCGACUGCAGGAUAUGAGAUAUCGGUCUCUAGCUUUUGCCAUCACCUGCCACCUUCCCUUAUUUGACCAUUAGCCUUAUACACAAUGGCAUUUUUCUAGAUUUUGGGGGAUUUUGUUUUUGCCCCAAGAGUUGUUUGUAAAGAGUUUUGAAUAUUUUCUUUGUAUGACCAAAAUUCACCAUCAACUUGUAUGGAUUUUAUCUGGACUUGGUGUUUUUUGAGCUUUCAGUUUUUUCAUUGCUGUGUUAAGCUCAGUCAGUGUAAAGAUUUCUUCAAAAAGGGCAAAAGCAAAUUUUAAAAAAUAAGUGUUUUUUUUGCAUGGAACUUGAAGCUACUUGAAUCUUUUUCUAUGCACAGAGUAAAUUUUGUCUUACACAAACAUAACAUUUUAUCAAAACUAAAAUUCAUUUUACUAUAUCUUUUUUAUGCACUUUAUUUGAAAGUUGAACUAAACAAAUUCUGAAAUCGUGUAGAGUUGUGAGAAAAUUCCUUUUAUUGAUUGUAAAAGUCUACACAAACACAGAACAGUGAAAGAUGACUUAACAAUAACAAACAUCAGCAUGAUUAGGGAGAUCAUAAAUGAUCAUAACAAAUGUGAGCCCAUUUAAAAUAUUGAAAUGACAAAACAGGAUUUUUGUGUGCCAAGUAAAGGCACCUGUUCAAAUCUAAACUCAGGUAAAGACACCUGCUUAAUUCAGUAAAGGCACCUGUUCAAUUCCAAACCCCAGGUAAAGACACCUGCUUAAUUCUGACCCCAGUAAAGGCACCUGUUCAAUUCCAAACCCCAGGUAAAGACACCUGGUUAAUUCUGACCCCAGUAAAGGCACCUGUUCAAUUCCAAACCCCAGGUAAAGACACCUGGUUAAUUCUGACCCCAGUAAAGGCACCUGUUCAAUUCCAAACCCCAGGUAAAGACACCUGCUUAAUUCAGUAAAGGCACCUGUUCAAUUCCAAACCCAGGUAAAGACACCUGCUUAAUUCUGACCCCAGUAAAGGCACCUGUUCAAUUCCAAAUCCCAGGUAAAGACACCUGCUUAAUUCUGACCCCAGUAAAGGCACCUGUUCAAUUCAAAACCCAGGUAAAGACACCUGCUUAAUUCUGACCCCAGUAAAGGCACCUGUUCAAUUCCAAACCCCAGGUAAAGACACCUGCUUAAUUCUGACCCCAGUAAAGGCACCUGUUCAAUUCAAACCCCAGGUAAAGACACCUGCUUAAUUCUGACCCCAGUAAAGGCACCUGUUCAAUUCCAAACCCAGGUAAAGACACCUGCUUAAUUCUGACCCCAGUAAAGGCACCUGUUCAAUUCCAAAUCCCAGGUAAAGACACCUGCUUAAUUCUAACCCCAGUAAAGGCACCUAUUCAAUUCCAAACCCAGGUAAAGACACCUGCUUAAUGCCGACCCCAGUAAAGGCACCUGUUCCAUUCCAAACCCCAGGUAAAGACACCUGCUUAAUUCUGACCCCAGUAAAGGCAUCUGUUCAAUUCCAAACCCCAGGUAUAGACACCUGCUUAAUUCUGACCCCAGUAAAGGCACCUGUUCAAUUCUAAACCCCAGGUAAAGACACCUGCUUAAUUCUGACCCCAGUAAAGGCACCUGUUCCAUUCCAAAACCAAAGGCAUCUGAUCAACGCCAGGUAAAGUUACCUGUUCAAUUCCAACACCCAUUUCCCUCUCUAAUCCAUUCACUAAAAAAAUUCAUUUCGAUCACUCCAUUCGGUGUAUCUCCUAUUAUAUCCACAAUUAAAAGACUUACGUGGGACAUUGGUGUUAACCUCUAUAUGACUUGUUGAAAAGUAGAAGAGUGGAAUAAAUGGACUACUGGACUUCAAUUGUUACCAAAUAAUUGUGAAUAUUUUUAUGUUAAAAAUAUCAUUAGCUUAUCUCCCCACAACCUCUAAUCCUAAAUGCUGUCUUCCAUAAAAUUAGCUUUUCAUAACACAAGAAACGGUUUUAUAGGUAAUAUAAUAUUUAGAUAUCAAUAAGUCUGACAAAUUGAUUUAUUUACUUAUCUAUAGGAUGUCCAUCAGGUUAUCUAUGUGAUGUAAAUCAGGCUAGCUAUGUGAUGUACAUCAGGUUAGCUAUGUGAUGUACAUCAGGUUAGCUAUGUGAUGUACAUCAGGUUAGCUAUGUGAUGUACAUCAGGUUAUCUAUGUGAUGUAAAUCAGGCUAGCUGUGUGAUGUAUGUCAGGUUAUCUAUGUGAUGUAAAUCAGGCUAGCUAUCUGAUGUAUAUCAGGUUAUCUAUGUGAUGUAAAUCAGGCUAGCUGUGUGAUGUAUAUCAGGUUAUCUAUGUGAUGUAUAUCAGGUUAUCUAUGUGAUGUACAUCAGGCUAGCUAUGUGAUGUAUAUCAGGUUAUCUAUGUGAUGUACAUCAGGCUAGCUAUGUGAUGUAUAUCAGGUUAUCUAUGUGAUGUACAUCAGGCUAGCUGUGUGAUGUAUAUCAGGUUAUCUAUGUGAUGUAAAUCAGGCUAGCUGUGUGAUGUAUAUCAGGUUAUCUAUGUGAUGUAUAUCAGGUUAUCUAUGUGAUGUACAUCAGGCUAGCUAUCUGAUGUAUAACAGGUUAUCUAUGUGAUGUACAUAAGGCUAGCUAUCUGAUGUAUAUCAGGUUAUCUAUGUGAUGUACAUCAGGCUAGCUAUGUGAUGUACAUCAGGUUAUCUAUGUGAUGUAAAUCAGGCUAGCUAUGUGAUGUAAAUCAGGUUAGCAAUGUGAUGUAAAUCAGGCUAGCAAUGUGAUGUACAUCAGGCUAGCUAUGUGAUGUACAUCAGGCUAGCUAUGUGAUGUACAUCAGGUUAUCUAUGUGAUGUAAAUCAGGCUAGCUAUGUGAUGUACAUCAUGUUAGCAAUGUGAUGUAAAUCAGGCUAGCUAUGUGCUGUACCUCAGGCUAGCUAUGUGAUGUAAAUCAGGUGAGCUAUGUGAUGUAAAUCAGGCUAGCUAUGUGAUGUAAAUCAGGCUAUCUAUGUGAUGUACAUCAGGUUAGCAAUGUGAUGUAAAUCAGGCUAGCAAUGUGAUGUAAAUCAGGCUAGCAAUGUGAUGUAAAUCAGGUUAGCAAUGUGAUGUAAAUCAGGCUAGCAAUGUGAUGUAAAUCAGGCUAGCAAUGUGAUGUAAAUCAGGUUAGCAAUGUGAUGUAAAUCAGGCUAGCAAUGUGAUGUAAAUCAGGCUAGCAAUGUGAUGAAAAUCAGGCUAGCAAUGUAAUGUAAAUCAGGCUAGCAAUGUGAUGUAAAUCAGGUUAGCUAUGUGAUGUAAAUCAGGUUAGCAAUGUGAUGUAAAUCAGACUAGCAAUGUGAUGUAAAUCAGGUUAGCAAUGUGAUGUAAAUCAGGUUAGCAAUGUGAUGUAAAUCAGGCUAGCUAUGUGAUGUAAAUCAGGCUAGCAAUGUGAUGUAAAUCAGGCUAGCAAUGUGAUGUAAAUCAGGUUAGCAAUGUGAUGUAAAUCAGGUUAGCAAUGUGAUGUAAAUCAGGCUAGCAAUGUGAUGUAAAUCAGGCUAGCAAUGUGAUGUAAAUCAGGUUAGCAAUGUGAUGUAAAUCAGGUUAGCAAUGUGAUGUAAAUCAGGUUAGCAAUGUGAUGUAAAUCAGGCUAGCAAUGUGAUGUAAAUCAGGCUAGCAAUGUGAUGUAAAUCAGGUUAGCAAUGUGAUGUAAAUCAGGCUAGCAAUGUGAUGUAAAUCAGGUUAGCAAUGUGAUUUAAAUGAUGCUAGCAAUGCGAUGUACAUCAGGCUAGCAAUGUGAUGUACAUCAAGUUAUCUAUGUAUUGUUCAUAAGAUGAACUUGCAUCGGGAAAGAGGAAAACAGGUCGCCCACGUCUGCGAUUUAAAGAUGUCUGUCAAAGGGACAUGAAAGCAGCCAAAAUACAUACAAGCGACUGUGAGUGUAAGGCAAAAGACCGAUCUACGUGGCGCACAGUUGUCAAAGAGGGCGUCAUGGUAGCCGAGGAGCGAAGAAUGGAAGAGGCUGCAGACAGAAGAGCUAGGAGAAAGGCCAAAACAUUUAGAAGCACGGAACUCGUGUGUAAAAUCUGUGGUAAAGACUGUCACUCAAGGAUAGGACUGCACAGCCACUCGAGAAAAUGCAACCCAACCCAACGGUGAUGCACCAUCGUCUCACGAGACGGAAGGAUGCCGAUAUGUUCAUAAGAUAUGAUUUUUUAUUGAUUGAAAAAAAAUGUAAAUAUUUUUCUAUUACAUUGGACAGAUUCAAUUUCAGCUUAUAAAUAAAUACAUAUUUUAACCAAGAAAUUUUAAAAUUAUAACAAUUUAAACACAAGAUAUCUAAUAUUUCUCUAGCAUAAAAAUCAACAAACAUAUACCAUAAAACUUAACUCCCUUAGUGACAAUAAUCACUUAAUUAAUUAAUGAUAAUUUAGAAUUGAUUACCACUGAGGGAGCACACUGGUAAAUUCUGACAGACUUGGGAUCAAAAUAAUUUUUAUAUUUUUUCAUUUCUAACUGUGAUAGAAAGAAUCCACCAUGAUGAAGGCGAUCUUGGGUAUUUGUGAUGAAGAGGGUGGCAUGCAUCGUCCAAACAAUUUGUUUUGUGUAGUUUUAAAACAUCACUUUUCAUCAACUAGUUGUUCAAGUGAAGGAUGUUCAGUUUGUGUGAUGUUACUUGCUUUCUUUGAUUGGCUAUUUCAUUGGUGUGUGGUAUCAGGCCUUGAAUGCCUACAGCAGGUAAUACUCAAGUUUAGCAGGCUUCCGAUGUUAGCCCUGUACAGUCAGUUAUUAACUGGUUUUUUGUAUGCCAAAUAUCUACAAUAUUUAACAUGGGAAGUCUUUGGUUUACAUUUUUAUACGCAAUUUUUCCAUUUUCAUGCCGUGUCAGCUUAUUAUUAAUGGUGACGUCUAGGUCCUUGUAGGUCUCUACUUGCUCUAUUCUGUGAUUUGUUAUAGAUCUGCAAUGGGUUGAUUCCCCCUCCAAAUGGUCGACAAGCAUUUCUUUCUUGUUUGAGACAUUGAGUUGUAGAAAAUGUUGAUUGCACCAGCUAAACAAAACGUGUGAUAUAAACGUUGCCCUUGAGCCGAGGAAGAUUGAAAUGGUGCAGCAUGGGCUCUGGAUGGGAUGGGGAUAUAGUGUAUUGAAAUGGUGCAGCAUGGGCUCUGGAUGGGAUGGGGAUAUAGUGUAUUGAAAUGGUGCAGCAUGGGCUCUGGAUGGGAUGGGGAUAUAGUGUAUUGAAAUGGUGCAGCAUGAGCUCUGGAUGGGAUGGGGAUAUAGUGUAUUGAAAUGGUGCAGCAUGGGCUCUGGAUGGGAUGGGGAUAUAGUGUAUAGAAAUGGUGCAGCAUGGGCUCUGGAUGGGAUGGGGAUAUAGUGUAUUGAAAUGGUGCAGCAUGGGCUCUGGAUGGGAUGGGGAUAUAGUGUAUAGAAAUGGUGCAGCAUGGGCUCUGGAUGGGAUGGGGAUAUAGUGUAUUGAAAUGGUGCAGCAUGGGCUCUGGAUGGGAUGGGGAUAUAGUGUAUUGAAAUGGGUCAGCAUGGGCUCUGGAUGGGAUGGGGAUAUAGUGUAUUGAAAUGGUGCAGCAUGGGCUAUGGAUGGGAUGGGGAUAUAGUGUAUUGAAAUGGUGCAGCAUGGGCUCUGGAUGGGAUGGGGAUAUAGUGUAUAGAAAUGGUGCAGCAUGGGCUCUGGAUGGGAUGGGGAUAUAGUGUAUUGAAAUGGUGCAGCAUGGGCUCUGGAUGGGAUGGGGAUAUAGUGUAUUGAAAUGGGUCAGCAUGGGCUCUGGAUGGGAUGGGGAUAUAGUGUAUUGAAAUGGUGCAGCAUGGGCUAUGGAUGGGAUGGGGAUAUAGUGUAUUGAAAUGGUGCAGCAUGGGCUCUGGAUGGGAUGGGGAUAUAGUGUAUAGAAAUGGUGCAGCAUGGGCUCUGGAUGGGAUGGGGAUAUAGUGUAUUGAAAUGGAUCAGCAUGGGAUCUGGAUGGGAUUGGGAUAUAGUGUAUUGAAAUGGUGCAGCAUGGGCUCUGGAUGGGAUGGGGAUAUAACGUAUAGAAAUGGUGCAGCAUGGGCUCUGGAUGGGAUGGGGAUGUAGUGUAUUGAAAUGGUGCAGCAUGGGCUCUGGAUGGGAUGGGGAUAUAGCGUAUAGAAAUGGUGCAGCAUGGGCUCUGGAUGGGAUGGGGAUAUAGUGUAUUGAAAUGGUGCAGCAUGGGCUCUGGAUGGGAUGGGGAUAUAGUGUAUUGAAAUGGUGCAGCAUGGGCUCUGGAUGGGAUGGGGAUAUAGUGUAUUGAAAUGGUGCAGCAUGGGCUCUGGAUGGGAUGGGGAUAUAGUGUAUUGAAAUGGUGCAGCAUGGGCUCUGGAUGGGAUGGGGAUAUAGUGUAUUGAAAUGGUGCAGCAUGGGCUCUGGAUGGGAUGGGGAUAUAGUGUAUUGAAAUGGUGCAGCAUGGGCUCUGGAUGGGAUGGGGAUAUAGUGUAUUGAAAUGGUGCAGCAUGGGCUCUGGAUGGGAUGGGGAUAUAGUGUAUUGAAAUGGUGCAGCAUGGGCUCUGGAUGGGAUGGGGAUAUAGUGUAUUGAAAUGGUGCAGCAUGGGCUCUGGAUGGGAUGGGGAUAUAGUGUAUUGAAAUGGUGCAGCAUGGGCUCUGGAUGGGAUGGGGAUAUAGUGUAUUGAAAUGGUGCAGCAUGGGCUCUGGAUGGGAUGGGGAUAUAGUGUAUUGAAAUGGUGCAGCAUGGGCUCUGGAUGGGAUGGGGAUAUAGUGUAUUGAAAUGGUGCAGCAUGGGCUCUGGAUGGGAUGGGGAUAUAGUGUAUUGAAAUGGUGCAGCAUGGGCUCUGGAUGGGAUGGGGAUAUAGUGUAUUGAAAUGGUGCAGCAUGGGCUCUGGAUGGGAUGGGGAUAUAGUGUAUUGAAAUGGUGCAGCAUGGGCUCUGGAUGGGAUGGGGAUAUAGUGUAUUGAAAUGGUGCAGCAUGGGCUCUGGAUGGGAUGGGGAUAUAGUGUAUUGAAAUGGUGCAGCAUGGGCUCUGGAUGGGAUGGGGAUAUAGUGUAUUGAAAUGGUGCAGCAUGGGCUCUGGAUGGGAUGGGGAUAUAGUGUAUUGAAAUGGUGCAGCAUGGGCUCUGGAUGGGAUGGGGAUAUAGUGUAUUGAAAUGGUGCAGCAUGGGCUCUGGAUGGGAUGGGGAUAUAGUGUAUUGAAAUGGUGCAGCAUGGGCUCUGGAUGGGAUGGGGAUAUAGUGUAUUGAAAUGGUGCAGCAUGGGCUCUGGAUGGGAUGGGGAUAUAGUGUAUUGAAAUGGUGCAGCAUGGGCUCUGGAUGGGAUGGGGAUAUAGUGUAUUGAAAUGGUGCAGCAUGGGCUCUGGAUGGGAUGGGGAUAUAGUGUAUUGAAAUGGUGCAGCAUGGGCUCUGGAUGGGAUGGGGAUAUAGUGUAUUGAAAUGGUGCAGCAUGGGCUCUGGAUGGGAUGGGGAUAUAGUGUAUUGAAAUGGUGCAGCAUGGGCUCUGGAUGGGAUGGGGAUAUAGUGUAUUGAAAUGGUGCAGCAUGGGCUCUGGAUGGGAUGGGGAUAUAGUGUAUUGAAAUGGUGCAGCAUGGGCUCUGGAUGGGAUGGGGAUAUAGUGUAUUGGAAUGGUGCAGCAUGGGCUCUGGAUGGGAUGGGGAUAUAGUGUAUAGAAAUGGUGCAGCAUGGGCUCUGGAUGGGAUGGGGAUAUAGUGUAUUGAAAUGGUGCAGCAUGGGCUCUGGAUGGGAUGGCGAUAUAGUCUAUUGAAAUGGUGCAGCUUGGGCUCUGGAUGGGAUGGGGAUAUAGCGUAUAGAAAUGGUGCAGCAUGGGCUCUGGAUGGGAUGGGGAUAUAUGGAUUGAAAUGGUGCAGCAUGGGCUCUGGAUGGGAUGGGGAUAUAGUGUAUUGAAAUGGUGCAGCAUGGGCUCUGGAUGGGAUGGGGAUAUAGUGUAUUGAAAUGGUGCAGCAUGAGCUCUGGGUGGGAUGGGGAUAUAGUGUAUAGAAAUGGUGCAGCAUGGGCUCUGGAUGGGAUGGGGAUAUAGUGUAUAGAAAUGGUGCAGCAUGGGCUCUGGAUGGGAUGGGGAUAUAGUGUAUUGAAAUGGUGCAGCAUGGGCUCUGGAUGGGAUGGGGAUAUAGUGUAUUGAAAUGGUGCAGCAUGGGCUCUGGAUGGGAUGGGGAUAUAGUGUAUUGAAAUGGUGCAGCAUGGGCUCUGGAUGGGAUGGGGAUAUAGUGUAUUGAAAUGGUGCAGCAUGGGCUCUGGAUGGGAUGGGGAUAUAGUGUAUUGAAAUGGUGCAGCAUGGGCUCUGGAUGGGAUGGGGAUAUAGUGUAUUGAAAUGGUGCAGCAUGGGCUCUGGAUGGGAUGGGGAUAUAGUGUAUUGAAAUGGUGCAGCAUGGGCUCUGGAUGGGAUGGGGAUAUAGUGUAUUGAAAUGGUGCAGCAUGGGCUCUGGAUGGGAUGGGGAUAUAGUGUAUUGAAAUGGUGCAGCAUGGGCUCUGGAUGGGAUGGGGAUAUAGUGUAUUGAAAUGGUGCAGCAUGGGCUCUGGAUGGGAUGGGGAUAUAGUGUAUUGAAAUGGUGCAGCAUGGGCUCUGGAUGGGAUGGGGAUAUAGUGUAUUGAAAUGGUGCAGCAUGGGCUCUGGAUGGGAUGGGGAUAUAGUGUAUUGAAAUGGUGCAGCAUGGGCUCUGGAUGGGAUGGGGAUAUAGUGUAUUGAAAUGGUGCAGCAUGGGCUCUGGAUGGGAUGGGGAUAUAGUGUAUUGAAAUGGUGCAGCAUGGGCUCUGGAUGGGAUGGGGAUAUAGUGUAUUGAAAUGGUGCAGCAUGGGCUCUGGAUGGGAUGGGGAUAUAGUGUAUUGAAAUGGUGCAGCAUGGGCUCUGGAUGGGAUGGGGAUAUAGUGUAUUGAAAUGGUGCAGCAUGGGCUCUGGAUGGGAUGGGGAUAUAGUGUAUUGAAAUGGUGCAGCAUGGGCUCUGGAUGGGAUGGGGAUAUAGUGUAUUGAAAUGGUGCAGCAUGGGCUCUGGAUGGGAUGGGGAUAUAGUGUAUUGAAAUGGUGCAGCAUGGGCUCUGGAUGGGAUGGGGAUAUAGUGUAUUGAAAUGGUGCAGCAUGGGCUCUGGAUGGGAUGGGGAUAUAGUGUAUUGAAAUGGUGCAGCAUGGGCUCUGGAUGGGAUGGGGAUAUAGUGUAUUGAAAUGGUGCAGCAUGGGCUCUGGAUGGGAUGGGGGAUAUAGUGUAUUGAAAUGGUGCAGCAUGGGCUCUGGAUGGGAUGGGAAUAUAGUGUAUUGAAAUGGUGCAGCAUGGGCUCUGGAUGGGAUGGGGAUAUAGUGUCUUGAAAUGGUGCAGCAUGGGCUCUGGAUGAGAUGGGGAUAUAAUGUAUUGAAAUGGUGCAGCAUGGGCUCUGGAUGGGAUGGGGAUAUAGUGUAUUGAAAUGGUGCAGCAUGGGCUCUGGAUGGGAUGGGGAUAUAGUGUAUAGAAAUGGUGCAGCAUGGGCUCUGGGUGGGAUGGGGAUAUAGUGUAUUGAAAUGGUGCAGCAUGGGCUCUGGAUGGGAUGGGGAUAUAGUGUAUUGAAAUGGUGCAGCAUGGGCUCUGGAUGGGAUGGGGAUAUAGCGUAUAGAAAUGGUGCAGCAUGGGCUCUGGAUGGGAUGGGGAUAUAGUGUAUAGAAAUGGUGCAGCAUGGGCUCUGGAUGGGAUGGGGAUAUAGUGUAUAGAAAUGGUGCAGCAUGGGCUCUGGAUGGGAUGGGGAUAUAGUGUAUAGAAAUGGUGCAGCAUGGGCUCUGGAUGGGAUGGGGAUAUAGUGUAUUGAAAUGGUGCAGCAUGGGCUCUGGAUGGGAUGGGGAUAUAGUGUAUUGAAAUGGUGCAGCAUGGGCUCUGGAUGGGAUGGGGAUAUAGUGUAUUGAAAUGGUGCAGCAUGGGCUCUGGAUGGGAUGGGGAUAUAGUGUAUUGAAAUGGUGCAGCAUGGGCUCUGGAUGGGAUGGGGAUAUAGUGUAUUGAAAUGGUGCAGCAUGGGCUCUGGAUGGGAUGGGGAUAUAGUGUAUUGAAAUGGUGCAGCAUGGGCUCUGGAUGGGAUGGGGAUAUAGUGUAUUGAAAUGGUGCAGCAUGGGCUCUGGAUGGGAUGGGGAUAUAGUGUAUUGAAAUGGUGCAGCAUGGGCUCUGGAUGGGAUGGGGAUAUAGUGUAUUGAAAUGGUGCAGCAUGGGCUCUGGAUGGGAUGGGGAUAUAGUGUAUUGAAAUGGUGCAGCAUGGGCUCUGGAUGGGAUGGGGAUAUAGUGUAUUGAAAUGGUGCAGCAUGGGCUCUGGAUGGGAUGGGGAUAUAGUGUAUUGAAAUGGUGCAGCAUGGGCUCUGGAUGGGAUGGGGAUAUAGUGUAUUGAAAUGGUGCAGCAUGGGCUCUGGAUGGGAUGGGGAUAUAGUGUAUUGAAAUGGUGCAGCAUGGGCUCUGGAUGGGAUGGGGAUAUAGUGUAUUGAAAUGGUGCAGCAUGGGCUCUGGAUGGGAUGGGGAUAUAGUGUAUUGAAAUGGUGCAGCAUGGGCUCUGGAUUGGAUGGGGAUAUAGUGUAUUGAAAUUGUGCAGCAUGGGCUCUGGAUGGGAUGGGGAUAUAGUGUAUAGAAAUGGUGCAGCAUGGGCUCUGGAUUGGAUUGGUAUAUAGUGUAUAGAAAUGGUGCAGCAUGGGCUCUGGAUGGGAUGGGGAUAUAGUGUAUUGAAAUGGUGCUGCAUGGGCUCUGGAUUGGAUGGGGAUAUAGUGUAUAGAAAUGGUGCAGCAUGGGCUCUGGAUUGGAUUGGUAUAUAGUGUAUAGAAAUGGUGCAGCAUGGGCUCUGGAUUGGAUUGGUAUACAGUGUAUAGAAAUGGUGCAGCAUGGGCUCUGGAUUGGAUUGGUAUAUAGCGUAUAGAAAUGGUGCCGCAUGGGCUCUGGAUUGGAUUGGUAUAUAGUGUAUAGAAAUGGUGCAGCAUGGGCUCUGGAUUGGAUUGGUAUAUAGUGUAUAGAAAUGGUGCAGCAUGGGCUCUGGAUUGGAUUGGUAUAUACUGUAUUGAAAUGGUGCAGCAUGGGCUCUGGAUUGGAUGGGGAUAUAGUGUAUUGAAAUGGUGCAGCAUGAGCUCUGCAUUGGAUGGGGAUAUAGUGUAUAGAAAUGGUGCAGCAUGGGCUCUGGAUUGGAUGGGGAUAUAGUGUAUAGAAAUGGUGCAGCAUGGGCUCUGGAUUGGAUGGGGAUAUAGUGUAUAGAAAUGGUGCAGCAUGGGCUCUGGAUGGGAUGGGGAUAUAGUGUAUUGAAAUGGUGCAGCAUGGGCUCUGGAUGGGAUGGGGAUAUAGUGUAUUGAAAUGGUGCAGCAUGGGCUCUGGAUGGGAUGGGGAUAUAGUGUAUUGAAAUGGUGCAGCAUGGGCUCUGGAUGGGAUGGGGAUAUAGUGUAUUGAAAUGGUGCAGCAUGGGCUCUGGAUGGGAUGGGGAUAUAGUGUAUUGAAAUGGUGCAGCAUGGGCUCUGGAUGGGAUGGGGAUAUAGUGUAUUGAAAUGGUGCAGCAUGGGCUCUGGAUGGGAUGGGGAUAUAGUGUAUUGAAAUGGUGCAGCAUGGGCUCUGGAUGGGAUGGGGAUAUAGUGUAUUGAAAUGGUGCAGCAUGGGCUCUGGAUGGGAUGGGGAUAUAGUGUAUUGAAAUGGUGCAGCAUGGGCUCUGGAUGGGAUGGGGAUAUAGUGUAUUGAAAUGGUGCAGCAUGGGCUCUGGAUGGGAUGGGGAUAUAGUGUAUUGAAAUGGUGCAGCAUGGGCUCUGGAUGGGAUGGGGAUAUAGUGUAUUGAAAUGGUGCAGCAUGGGCUCUGGAUGGGAUGGGGAUAUAGUGUAUUGAAAUGGUGCAGCAUGGGCUCUGGAUGGGAUGGGGAUAUAGUGUAUUGAAAUGGUGCAGCAUGGGCUCUGGAUGGGAUGGGGAUAUAGUGUAUUGAAAUGGUGCAGCAUGGGCUCUGGAUGGGAUGGGGAUAUAGUGUAUUGAAAUGGUGCAGCAUGGGCUCUGGAUGGGAUGGGGAUAUAGUGUAUUGAAAUGGUGCAGCAUGGGCUCUGGAUGGGAUGGGGAUAUAGUGUAUUGAAAUGGUGCAGCAUGGGCUCUGGAUGGGAUGGGGAUAUAGUGUAUUGAAAUGGUGCAGCAUGGGCUCUGGAUGGGAUGGGGAUAUAGUGUAUUGAAAUGGUGCAGCUUGGGCUCUGGAUGGGAUGGGGAUAUAGCGUAUAGAAAUGGUGCAGCAUGGGCUCUGGAUGGGAUGGGGAUAUAGUGUAUUGAAAUGCUGCAGCAUGGGCUUUGGAUGGGAUGGGGAUAUAGUGUAUUGAAAUGGUGCAGCAUGGGCUCUGGAUGGGAUGGGGAUAUAGUGUAUUGAAAUGGUGCAGCAUCGGCUCAGGAUGGGAUGGGGUUAUAGUAUAUAGAAAUGGUGCAGCAUGGGCUCUGGAUGGGAUGGGGAUAUAGUGUAUUGAAAUGGUGCAGCAUGGGCUCUGGAUGGGAUGGGGAUAUAGUGUAUUGAAAUGGUGCAGCAUAGGCUCUGAAUUGGAUGGGGAUAUAGUGUAUAGAAAUGGUGCAGCAUGGGCUCUGGAUGGGAUGGGGAUAUAGUGUAUAGAAAUGGUGCAGCAUGGGCUCUGGAUGGGAUGGGAUAUAGUGUAUUGAAAUGGUGCAGCAUGGGCUCUGGAUGGGAUGGGGAUAUAGUGUAUUGAAAUUGUGCAGCAUGGGCUCUGGAUUGGAUGGGGAUAUAGUGUAUUGAAAUGGUGCAGCAUGGGCUCUGGAUGGGAUGGGGAUAUAGUGUAUUGAAAUGGUGCAGCAUGGGCUCUGGAUGGGAUGGGGAUAUAGUGUAUUGAAAUGGUGCAGCAUGGGCUCUGGAUGGGAUGGGGAUAUAGUGUAUUGAAAUGGUGCAGCAUGGGCUCUGGAUGGGAUGGGGAUAUAGUGUAUUGAAAUGGUGCAGCAUGGGCUCUGGAUGGGAUGGGGAUAUAGUGUAUUGAAAUGGUGCAGCAUGGGCUCUGGAUGGGAUGGGGAUAUAGUGUAUUGAAAUGGUGCAGCAUGGGCUCUGGAUGGGAUGGGGAUAUAGUGUAUUGAAAUGGUGCAGCAUGGGCUCUGGAUGGGAUGGGGAUAUAGUGUAUUGAAAUGGUGCAGCAUGGGCUCUGGAUGGGAUGGGGAUAUAGUGUAUUGAAAUGGUGCAGCAUGGGCUCUGGAUGGGAUGGGGAUAUAGUGUAUUGAAAUGGUGCAGCAUGGGCUCUGGAUGGGAUGGGGAUAUAGUGUAUUGAAAUGGUGCAGCAUGGGCUCUGGAUGGGAUGGGGAUAUAGUGUAUUGAAAUGGUGCAGCAUGGGCUCUGGAUGGGAUGGGGAUAUAGUGUAUUGAAAUGGUGCAGCAUGGGCUCUGGAUGGGAUGGGGAUAUAGUGUAUUGAAAUGGUGCAGCAUGGGCUCUGGAUGGGAUGGGGAUAUAGUGUAUUGAAAUGGUGCAGCAUGGGCUCUGGAUGGGAUGGGGAUAUAGUGUAUUGAAAUGGUGCAGCAUGGGCUCUGGAUGGGAUGGGGAUAUAGUGUAUUGAAAUGGUGCAGCAUGGGCUCUGGAUGGGAUGGGGAUAUAGUGUAUUGAAAUGGUGCAGCAUGGGCUCUGGAUGGGAUGGGGAUAUAGUGUAUUGAAAUGGUGCAGCAUGGGCUCUGGAUGGGAUGGGGAUAUAGUGUAUUGAAAUGGUGCAGCAUGGGCUCUGGAUGGGAUGGGGAUAUAGUGUAUUGAAAUGGUGCAGCAUGGGCUCUGGAUGGGAUGGGGAUAUAGUGUAUUGAAAUGGUGCAGCAUGGGCUCUGGAUGGGAUGGGGAUAUAGUGUAUUGAAAUGGUGCAGCAUGGGCUCUGGAUGGGAUGGGGAUAUAGUGUAUUGGGAUGGUGCAGCAUGGGCUCUGGAUGGGAUGGGGAUAUAGUGUAUUGAAAUGGUGCAGCAUGGGCUCUGGAUGGGAUGGGAAUAUAGUGUAUAGAAAUGGUGCACCAUGGGCUCUGGAUGAGAUGGGGAUAUAGUGUAUUGAAAUGGUGCAGCAUGGGCUCUGGAUGGGAUGGGGAUAUAGUGUAUUGAAAUGGUGCAGCAUGGGCUCUGGAUGGGAUAGGGAUAUAGUGUAUUGAAAUGGUGCAGCAUUGGCUCUGGAUGGGAUGGGGAUAUAGUGUAUUGAAAUGGUGCAGCAUGGGCUCUGGAUGGGAUGGGGAUAUAGUGUAUAGAAAUGGUGCAGCAUGUCUCUGGAUGGGAUGGGGAUAUAGUGUAUUGAAAUUGUGCAGCAUGGGCUCUGGAUGGGAUGGGGAUAUAGUGUAUUGAAAUGGUGCAGCUUGGGCUCUGGAUGGGAUGGGGAUAUAGCGUAUAGAAAUGGUGCAGCAUGGGCUCUGGAUGGGAUGGGGAUAUAGUGUAUUGAAAUGGUGCAGCAUGGGCUCUGGAUGGGAUGGGGAUAUAGUGUAUUGAAAUGGUGCAGCAUGGGCUCUGGAUGGGAUGGGGAUAUAGUGUAUUGAAAUGGUGCAGCAUGGGCUCUGGAUGGGAUGGGGAUAUAGUGUAUUGAAAUGGUGCAGCAUGGGCUCUGGAUGGGAUGGGGAUAUAGUGUAUUGAAAUGGUGCAGCAUGGGCUCUGGAUGGGAUGGGGAUAUAGUGUAUUGAAAUGGUGCAGCAUGGGCUCUGGAUGGGAUGGGGAUAUAGUGUAUUGAAAUGGUGCAGCAUGGGCUCUGGAUGGGAUGGGGAUAUAGUGUAUUGAAAUGGUGCAGCAUGGGCUCUGGAUGGGAUGGGGAUAUAGUGUAUUGAAAUGGUGCAGCAUGGGCUCUGGAUGGGAUGGGGAUAUAGUGUAUUGAAAUGGUGCAGCAUGGGCUCUGGAUGGGAUGGGGAUAUAGUGUAUUGAAAUGGUGCAGCAUGGGCUCUGGAUGGGAUGGGGAUAUAGUGUAUUGAAAUGGUGCAGCAUGGGCUCUGGAUGGGAUGGGGAUAUAGUGUAUUGAAAUGGUGCAGCAUGGGCUCUGGAUGGGAUGGGGAUAUAGUGUAUUGAAAUGGUGCAGCAUGGGCUCUGGAUGGGAUGGGGAUAUAGUGUAUUGAAAUGGUGCAGCAUGGGCUCUGGAUGGGAUGGGGAUAUAGUGUAUUGAAAUGGUGCAGCAUGGGCUCUGGAUGGGAUGGGGAUAUAGUGUAUUGAAAUGGUGCAGCAUGGGCUCUGGAUGGGAUGGGGAUAUAGUGUAUUGAAAUGGUGCAGCAUGGGCUCUGGAUGGGAUGGGGAUAUAGUGUAUUGAAAUGGUGCAGCAUGGGCUCUGGAUGGGAUGGGGAUAUAGUGUAUUGAAAUGGUGCAGCAUGGGCUCUGGAUGGGAUGGGGAUAUAGUGUAUUGAAAUGGUGCAGCAUGGGCUCUGGAUGGGAUGGGGAUAUAGUGUAUAGAAAUGGUGCAGCAUGGGCUCUGGAUGGGAUGGGGAUAUAGUGUAUUGAAAUGGUGCAGCAUGGGCUCUGGAUUGGAUGGGGAUAUAGUGUAUAGAAAUAGUGCAGCAUGGGCUCUUGAUUGGAUUGGUAUAAAGUGUUUAGAAAUGGUGCAGCAUGGCCUCUGGAUGGGAUGGGGAUAUAGUGUAUUGAAAUGGUGCAGCAUGGGCUCUGGAUGGCAUGGGGAUAUAGUGUAUUGAAAUGGUGCAGCAUGAGCUCUGGAUUGGAUGGGGAUAUAGUGUAUAGAAAUGGUGCAGCAUGGGCUCUGGAUUGGAUGGGGAUAUAGUGUAUAGAAAUGGUGCAGCAUGGGCUCUGGAUUGGAUGGGGAUAUAGUGUAUAGAAAUGGUGCAGCAUGGGCUCUGGAUUGGAUGGGGAUAUAGUGUGUUGAAAUGGUGCAGCUUGGGCUCUGGAUGGGAUGGGGAUAUAGCGUAUAGAAAUGGUGCAGCAUGGGCUCUGGAUGGGAUGGGGAUAUAGUGUAUUGAAAUGGUGCAGCAUGGGCUCUGGAUGGGAUGGGGAUAUAGUGUAUUGAAAUGGUGCAGCAUGGGCUCUGGAUGGGAUGGGGAUAUAGUGUAUUGAAAUGGUGCAGCAUGGGCUCUGGAUUGGAUGGGGAUAUAGUGUAUAGAAAUGGUGCAGCAUGGGCUCUGGAUUGGAUUGGUAUAUAGUGUAUAGAAAUGGUGCAGCAUGGGCUCUGGAUGGGAUGGGGAUAUAGUGUAUUGAAAUGGUGCAGCAUGGGCUCUGGAUGGCAUGGGGAUAUAGUGUAUUGAAAUGGUGCAGCAUGGGCUCUGGAUGGGAUCGGGAUAUAGUGUAUUGAAAUGGUGCAGCAUGGGCUCUGGAUUGGAUUGGUAUAUAGUGUAUAGAAAUGGUGCAGCAUGGGCUCUGGAUGGGAUGGGGAUAUAGUGUUUUUAAAUGGUGCAGCAUGGGCUCUGGAUUGGAUGGGGAUAUAGUGUAUAGAAAUGGUGCUGCAUGGGCUCUGGAUUGGAUUGGUAUAUAGUGUAUUGAAAUAGUGCAGCAUGGGCUCUGGAUUGGAUUGGUAUAUAGUGUAUAGAAAUGGUGCAGCAUGGGCUCUGGAUUGGAUUGGUAUAUAGUGUAUAGAAAUGGUGCAGCAUGAGCUCUGGAUUGGAUUGGUAUAUAGUGUAUUGAAAUGGUGCAGCAUGGGCUCUGGAUUGGAUGGGGAUAUAGUGUAUAGAAAUGGUGCAGCAUGGGCUCUGGAUGGGAUGGGGAUAUAGUGUAUAGAAAUGGUGCAGCAUGAGCUCUGGAUUGGAUUGGUAUAUAGUGUAUUGAAAUGGUGCAGCAUGGGCUCUGGAUUGGAUGGGGAUAUAGUGUAUAGAAAUGGUGCAGCAUGGGCUCUGGAUGGGAUGGGGAUAUAGUGUAUUGAAAUGGUGCAGCAUGGGCUCUGGAUGGGAUGGGGAUAUAGUGUAUUGAAAUGGUGCAGCAUGGGCUCUGGAUUGGAUGGGGAUAUAGUGUAUAGAAAUGGUGCAGCAUGGGCUCUGGAUGGGAUGGGGAUAUAGUGUAUAGAAAUGGUGCAGCAUGGGCUCUGGAUGGGAUGGGGAUAUAGUGUAUUGAAAUGGUGUAGCAUGGGCUCUGGAUUGGAUGGGUAUAUAGUGUAUUGAAAUGGUGCAGCAUGGGCUCUGGAUUGGAUGGGGAUAUAGUGUAUUGAAAUGGUGCAGAAUGAUCUCUGGAUUGGAUGGGGAUAUAGUGUAUUGAAAUGGUGCAGCAUGGGCUCUGGAUUGGAUGGGGAUAUAGUGUAUAGAAAUGGUGCAGAAUGGGCUAUGGAUGGGAUGGGGAUAUAGUGUAUAGAAAUGGUGCAGCAUGGGCUCUGGAUUGGAUUGGGAUAUAGCGUAUAGAAAUGGUGCAGCAUGGGCUCUGGAUGGGAUGGGGAUAUAGCGUAUAGAAAUGGUGCAGCAUGGGCUCUGGAUGGGAUGGGGAUAUAGUGUAUUGAAAUCGUGCAGCAUGGGCUCUGGAUUGGAUGGGGAUAUAGUGUAUAGAAAUGGUGCAUCAUGGGCUCUGGAUGGGAUGGGGAUAUAGUGUAUAGAAAUGGUGCAGCAUGGGCUCUGGUUUGGAUGGGGAUAUAGUGUAUAGAAAUGGUGCAGCAUGGGCUCUGGAUUGGAUAGGGAUAUAGUUUAUAGAAAUGGUGCAGCAUGGGCCAUGGAUUGGAUGGGGAUAUAGUGUAGACAGGUCUGGGGAGAGAACGCAACAUUGUGGCUUCCCUGUACUUAUUUUUGUAGUUAAUGAUAUUUGGUCAUUCACCUUGACAUAUUGUGGGUGAUUUUUUUAAAAAUAUGUUGUGUAGACACGGUUGAAUAUUUGAAUUUGUAACUUAAUACAGCUUUUUAAUCAUAGUGUAUGGUUGGGUAGUGUUAAAAGCUAAUGAGAAGUCUAAAUAUUGUUUAGCAUUAUUUUUAGGACUGUCUAGGUCUAGGUGAGGGUAAGGUCUUUCUAAUAACAGUAAGAUAGCAUCAUCGAUGCUUCUAGAUGUUAUCUAUGUGGUGUACAAAGUGUUAUCGAAGUGGUGUACAUCAAGUUAUCUGGUUGUUGUGAUAUGUACUCAAUGUUAAACUAUUUGAGUUGACUUAACAAUGUUAAACUAUUUGAGUUGACUUAACAAUGUUAAACUAUUUGAGUUGACUUAACAAUGUUAAACUAUUUGAGUUGACUUAACAAUGUUAAACUAUUUUAGUUGACUUAAAACGUAUGAAAUCCCCGAUGUUUGGAAUAUCUGGUUUGUUUUUCUACUGUGUCCUACUGGCACGUAACGGGGGGACGGAAGUUGGAAUGAAAAUAUCACCGGUUAUUUCCCUGUUGUUGCCAUAGAAGGUUCUCAAAAUACUUGGCUGUGAACUUCUGGUGAACUUUAAAGACUGAAAGUAAUAUUGCAGGUUCCUCUAUGAAAAUGUUAAUGUGAUUGAUUUGUUAACAGCUGGGUGGAGGGUAGGUGGGCGGUGCACAUUGGAAUGUUAAUGUUCGCUAUUAUUCAGAUUUCUAAUGUGGUAAUCAUUUAUAAUUUUUGAACCAAAUGACGUCCUUUUAAUUAUAUAGUAGGCCUAAUGAUACAUAAAGUAAAUUUAUUUUGAUCAAGACCAAUCAGGCCCUGAAUUCAUGAGGCCGUACCCGGCACUGCCUACAAGGACUGGUAGUGUUGUACACAACACAUGUAAGGCUCGAGAAGCACUGUUCAGUCUUAAGGAGCAUACAAAGACCGAGGUGUGCUGUUUCCCCCAGUCAGGUGCUACAUCGAUGAGGGUUGUGGUGGCACGUCGUCGCCGACAUCAUUCGUCCCGAGUUGUCGGUGUGAUGGUCUGUGUUCCCCCCCCCCCCCCCCGGCACAGUUAUUACCAGUUCAUUCAAACAGUUGUUUGCAAUGGACGAAUCUCUCUAUUUCCCAGGAUUGUUGGAUAGCUAGAAUCAUCGGAUCUUUUUGGUACCAAAUAUUAUUUUUAUCAAGAUAGAACUCUGUUCUGAGAGUACGUUUACUUUACUUAUCCGUAUGAUGACGUAAUGACCUGUUCGAUUAAGUAGCUUACGUAAGUAUAUUGUCUGCAUGUUUUUUUUUGUUGCUCUAUUCAGUAUGAUGCACGGGUCAGGUUGUAUCAGAAGUGCUCUUGUUAUCAGUGUGCUUGGCGGACUCUUGUUUAAGAGUCCGACUCUUGUUCGAAUCAACAAUGAACUCGUACUCAGCUGAAUUUCCCGUUUUAUAAAAUACACUGACAAUUCAAUAAUGUAUUUGAAAAGAUGCACAAGUUCAAGUUUGUUUAAUCUAGAAUCAUAACCAAAUUGUAUCUCUGGAUGAAAGUUUGUGCAACACAGAAUGCCAUAAUUUGUAUAAAUGCAUUGAAGUUUGGGGAACACUUUAUUCAAGUUAAAAUUUGGCUAACAUUCAAUUUUGGACAUUAUUCAAGUUUGGUUAACAUUCAAGUUUUGGUAACUGUAUUCAUGUAUGGUUAACAAUGAAUUCAAGUUCAUUGCAAAGACAGAAUAUCAAUCAGCAAAACAAUGUUUCUGUGUAGCCUGUGCACCACCCGCACUGUUGACACUGUUACCUUGAUGCCCUUACUCCUAUGGUAAGGGGGCCAUCUGCAAAGUACGUCACGCUAUUUUUGGACAGUAUUUACCCCCCUCCCCGGGGCACACUCUGACAUAAUCACAAAGUUCGUCACAAUUUCGAGCUAAUUUGUUUUAAAAAAAUAACAAAUAAAAAAAAUAUAAAAUUUAUAAAAUUGAAAUCUUCUGUCAGAAUACAUCUAUUCAACAGAAAAUUCAACAGCACUGUCAAUUUCAGGUUUUACAUACAAAAUUAAAAUUAUUUUUUAAAGUGUGACGUCACACAGUCUUUAAUUUCUUGCUUUUAAAAUAUAAUCACAUAGACUGUUGUUAUCCCCUACAGUAUUUCCCCGCCCCCCCCCCCCCGCACCCCUUGCGGAGCUUGACGUACUUUAUGGAGGGCCCCAAGAACCUCUCAUUUCUAACAUAAACUUUCCGGUCCAGGUUUCAGUUGACUAAAUGUUGUUGAAUGAAUCCAUCUGAUGUGUGGAAUCGUUUUGUUAUUGGCGAGCUUGGUGACUAACUUUGAUAAAUGAAAAAGCUAUGUUAGUCUGUCGGUGACCUUAAAUGACCUUGGUUUGACCUGGCCGCUAGUUCCGUGGUUCUAGAUUUGGUAUUAUUUUCCCCGACUCCUUGAAAAGUCAGCAUUGUUAAAAACCAGGAAACUAAAGGUUGUAGUUUUAAGUGCACCCAGCCGUAUUUUAGCCUAUCUGAUCGGCAUCCUGACGUGGCACAGUUUUAUUAUAGGUAACGAAACCUGACACACUUUUAUUAUGGAUAACCCUACCUGAAAUACUUUUGUUAUAGGUUGCUUUAUCUGACAUGUUUUUAUUAUAGGUAGCCCUACAUGGCACAUUUUUAUUAAAGGUAGCCUUACCUGACACAGUUUUAUGGAGGUAGCCCUAUUGACACAGGUUUAUCAUAGAUAGAAUUACCUGAGAUACUUUUAUGACACAUUUUUAUCAUAUGUAGGACUGCUUGACAUACUUUUAUUCUAGGUAGCCCUACUUAACUCAUGUAUUAUAGGUAGCCCUACUUAACUCAUUUAUUAAAUGUAGCCCUACUUAACAUUUAUUAUAGGUAGCCCUACUUAACUCAUUUAUUAUAGGUAGCCCUACUUAACUCAUUUAUUAUAGGUAGCCCUACUUAACUCAUUUAUUAUAGGUAGCCCUACUUAACUCAUUUAUUAUAGGUAGCCCUGCUUAACUCAUUUAUUAUAGGUAACCCUACCUGACACAUUUUUAUUAUAGGUAGCCGUACCUGAUACAGUUUUAUUAAAGGUAGCUCUGUGUGAAAGUUUUAUGAAACGUAGCCCUAUCUGACAUAAUUUUAUUACAAGUAGCCAUGUCUGACAAUUUUUACAAAUAACCCUAUCUGAAAUAGUUUAAUUAUAGGUAGCACUAUCUGGCAUAGUUAUAGCACUAUCUUGCAUAGUUAAAGCACUAUCUGGCAUAGUUUAGCACUAUCUGGCAUAGUUAUAGCAAUAUCUGGCAUAGUUAUAGCACUAUCUGGCAUAGUUAUAGCAAUAUCUGGCAUAGUUAUAGCAUUAUCUGGCAUAGUUAUAACCUUAUCUGGCAUAGUUUUAGCACUAUAUGGUAUAGUUUUAGCACUAUCAUCUGGCAUAGUUAUACCAAUAUCUGGCAUAGAUUUAGCACUAUCAUCUGGCAUAGUUAUAGCAAUAUCUAGCAUAGUUUUAGCACUAUCAUCUGGCAUAGUUAUAGCACACUGUCGUAAAUACUAGAUGCCAGUAACAACAUGAUAUAUUUUUGUUUAAACUUAUUGGAUGUCUCAUCAUAUUACGCCAAAACGUCUCACUUCUUCUGCUAGAGUUUAUCAUACUUAGAUCGCUUGUACAUCGAUUUAUGUCGUUGAAACACUCUUAAACUGUGCUUGUAAUAUGAGAGCAAACCUUUCCAAGUGGAACAUGCGGGCCUACUUACUAUCUGUUGGAACAUGCGGGCCUACUUACUAUCUGUUGGAACAUGCGGGCCUACUUACUAUCUGUUGGAACAUGCGGGCCUACUUACUAUCUGUUGGAACAUGCGGGCCUACUUACUAUCUGUUGGAACAUGCGGGCCUACUUACUAUCUGUAGAGAUAGUUUGAUGACUUCUAUCUGACGCUAGGUGUCAGGAGGUAGCCCGAUUUGACUGUACACACAUACCCACAUAUACAAACGGAAUCCCUACAUCCCUUUACUAACAUACACUUAAACCGACGACCAAUUUUAAAUGCACACUCUGUUGUACACACACGUGUACUGAAAUACCAAUUGUACACAUAUUCUUAAUAGUGCUGAUAUACCAAUGGUACAUAUAUACCAAUUUCACACACACAUGGCCAUUUAAACAUCACACUUAACCACUUGUACAACAUACAAGUUAGCCUUCCUGGGGCUGCCUGUCAAGCUAUACAGAACUACUAUUGCAAUACUAACCUUACAACCGAUCUUUUGUAUUUCUGGGGCAGAUAGUCUUUUAACAACUUUUUUUUUUUUUUUGAUUGUAGAAACUAAUCUCUUCUACAGCACAACCUCUCUGCCCGCCACACACUUCCCACAAAACUGAUGAUGACUUUGCUGUGCCAGCGUUGUCUCUGUUUGUUACUUUGCUGUGCGAGCGUUGUCUCUGAUUGUUACUUUGCUGUGCGAGCGUCGUCUCUGAUUGUUACUUUGCAGUGCCACGUCUCUGAUUGUUACUUUGCUGUGCCAGCGUCGUCUCUGAUUGUUACUUUGCAGUGUCACGUCUCUGAUUGUUACUUUGCUGUGCCAGCGUCGUCUCUGAUUGUUACUUUGCUGUGCCAGCGUCGUCUCUGAUUGUUACUUUGCUGUGCGAGCGUCGUCUCUGAUUGUUACUUUGCUGUGCCAGCAUUGUCUCUGAUUGUUACUUUGCUGUGCUAGCAUUGUCUCUGAUUGUUACUUUGCUGUGCGAGCGUCGUCUCUGAUUGUUACUUUGCUGUGCGAGUGUCGUCUCUGAUUGUUUCUUGGCAGUGCCAUGUCUCUGAUUGUUACUUUGCAGUGCCACGUCUCUGAUUGUUUCUUGGCAGUGCCAGCAUUGUCUCUGAUUGUUACUUUGCAGUGCCACGUCUCUGAUUGUUACUUUGCUGUGCGAGUGUCGUCUCUGAUUGUUACUUUGCAGUGCCACGUCUCUGAUUGUUACUUUGCUGUGCCAGCAUUGUCUCUGAUUGUUACUUUGCUGUGACAGUGUCGUCUCUGAUUGUUACUUUGCAGUGCCACGUCUCUGAUUGUUACUUUGCAGUGCCACGUCUCUGAUUGUUACUUUGCAGUGCCACGUCUCUGAUUGUUACUUUGCAGUGCCACGUCUCUGAUUGUUACUUUGCAGUGCCAUGUCUCUGAUUGUUUCUUUGCAGUGCCAUUUCUCUGAUUGUUACUUUGCAGUCAAUGUUUAUCACGUUUCAUUUACCGUAUUAUUCAUAUUUUUUUUUACCGUGCUUGUUCACUUUUGUGGUAAGCUACCAUUUAUAGACUCGACAAUAUGUCAUUGCCACAUGUCAACUCUUGACUAAUGCUGUCUAUGCCCAUGUUGCAUAAUGUCAACACUCAAGACUAAAAUAAGUUAACAUUUCGAAUGUCUUUAAUAAUUUGUGUAGACGUUUUAUGACAGGCCAAGGGUGUUCACCCGUGACAAGCUCUUACUCUUAUCUUUAGUGUCGUCUGUUAACGUAUUCGCCUGUGUUAACAAGAACACAUUUACCUGGAGGAAACACUGCGCUCUUACCUGUUAUUUAACCAAAGACUUCAUACACUAUCAGUAAGAAAGUCUGCUCCAUCUCGCCACACACCCACAGCAGACUACAUACACUAUCAGUAAGUAAGUCUGCUCCAUCUCGCCACACACAUACAGCAGACUUCAUACACUAUCAGUAAGAAAGUCUGCUCCAUCUCGCCACACACAUACAGCAGACUUCAUACACUAUCAGUAAGAAAGUCUGCUCCAUCUCGCCACACACCCACAGCAGACUUCAUACACUAUCAGUAAGAAAGUCUGCUCCACCUCGCCACACACCUACACCCCCCUCCCACCAUACACACACAUAAUUAAUCAGGUCACGAUCCCACACUGCAAUACGAUAACCACGUGAUCUACGGCCCCAUUCCCACAGAAUGUGCCACACUGGCUGAUCUCAUCAAUAAAAACCAGUACAAAUACAUAGACGGUACGGAGUAGGCUUUCUUUUUUCUCGGGUUUUCAUUCAUCCCGGGAAACGGGACAAAAGCCCAUCUCAUCAUGGGAUCCUGGGGAACGGGACAAAGGCCAAUCUCAUCAUGGGAUCCUGGGAAAUCCCUCUGUCAAUGUAUUUAGUUCAACAAAUAUUAUGAGCUGAAUUAAACCAUCCAAAAGUCGUUGUAUUAUUGCUCAAUUGUUUUUGUCUGUUAAUGAUUUUUAAAAAAUGAUACUAAGUUUUGUUGAAAAGUUGAUCAUCUGAUACCUGUUACCUGUGGCUUUAGUUUUCACUAGAUACCUGUGACCUGUGGCUUUAGUUUUCACUAGAUACCUGUGACCUGUGGCUUUAGUUUUCACUUGAUACCUGUGACCUGUGGCUUUAGUUUUCACUUGAUACCUGUGACCUGUGGCUUUAGUUUUCACUUGAUACCUGUGACCUGUGGCUUUAGUUUUCACUUGAUACCUGUGACCUGUGGCUUUAGUUUUCACUUGAUACCUGUGACCUGUGGCUUUAGUUUUCACUUGAUACCUGUGACCUGUGGCUUUAGUUUUCACUUGAUACCUGUGACCUGUGGCUUUAGUUUUCACUAGAUACCUGUGACCUGUGGCUUUAGUUUUCACUUGAUACCUGUGACCUGUGGCUUUAGUUUUCACUAGAUACCUGUGACCUGUGGCUUUAGUUUUCACUAGAUACCUGUGACCUGUGGCUUUAGUUUUCACUUGAUACCUGUGACCUGUGGCUUUAGUUUUCACUUGAUACCUGUGACCUGUGGCUUUAGUUUUCACUUGAUACCUGUGACCUGUGGCUUUAGUUUUCACUAGAUACCUGUGACCUGUGGCUUUAGUUUUCACUAGAUACCUGUGACCUGUGGCUUUAGUUUUCACUUGAUACCUGUGACCUGUGGCUUUAAUUUUCACUUGAUACCUGUGGCUUUAUUUUCCUCUGCUUAGCUCAAGUCAGGGCCGGCGCUAGGGGUUGGUGAACGGGGCUACCUUUGACGUCCCCCGCACCUUACCUUAAUCAUCUAUUAUAUAGAUUUCAUCACUGAUGCUUCCUCUUCCAAACCACCCAUUCAGCCUUCCUACUUUCGUCUUUCUCCAAUGAAUCUUCUGGCAAAAGUCUGAAUUUAAGCCGUGUUACUUUUCUGGAAAUGUGUAAUUUUUUUUUUUUUUAAUUUAUCAAAAAUUUCAUUAGCUCAACUAUGGUUCAAGACUGAACCAGUUAUCUGGCCUUAUUACGUACUGGAUCUCUUUUUACCCAAAAAUCCUUUGCUCCCAAAAAUCCUUUGCUCGGCCUUGAAUAUGACAUCCUGUUUGCUGUGAGCAAGAUCUUGCUAACUUGACUAUUUGCAGAACUUGACUAUACAACUUAAAAUAGCCAUUAUACAAGGCAAAGGUCUAAUCAGUUUUUUUUCACAAAAUCCAGUAAUGGGUGUGCAUCAGCAAUGACAACUGAAAAGGAAAUUGUGCUUUUAAAAAUGGAACAUUGAGCCGGUGUUCAAAGAACGCCGAAGACAGCGGCAGUUUGAAUAGGCAUCUAGAGACGAGGCACAACAGACACCCGACGAUACUCUCAUGGCAGGAUAGUUCUUGUGGUUAGUCGACCACAGAUGUUGUGGUCUCCAACAAAUGUACUUGUACAUAUGACAUGUCUGGCUUUCUAUAUGAUAUACAGCCGCUCCGUUUCAUGAUUCUGGAUACCUUGAGCAAACACUUUAUGGAUAUGGCUUUGAGAGGUCUUGAUAUGGGUAUGGCUUUGAGAGGUCUUGAUAUGGGUAUGGCUUUGAGAGGUCUUGAUAUGGGUAUGGCUUUGAGAGGUCUUGAUAUGGGUAUGGCUUUGAGAGGUCUUGAUAUGGAUAUGGCUUUGAGAGGUCUUGAUAUGGAUAUGGCUUUGAGAGGUCUUGAUAUGGAUAUGGCUUUGAGAGGUCUUGAUAUGGGUAUGGCUUUGAGAGGUCUUGAUUCACGUUAUAUAUAUGGUUCGGACUAGAAAAACUGAAUAUCUUGAGAGAAAUGUUUUCAGGAAAAUUACCAACAGCAUUACAGCGUCUUCACUUGCUUGUGCCCCUGGCAGAUUCUUUUCCGAAUACUGAGAUCGCGUACAAAAUAAUGUUGACAGUGACGGUAACCGCCGCAAGUGCCUGAAGAAGUGCUGUUUUUCUUCAACAUUAAAGUUGAUAAACUUUUUUGAGAUCAUCAAUGUUUCAGGUUCGUUUGAAUGGAUUGUCAACAUCGCCAGUUGAAGGAGACAUUGUUACCGCCCUCCACGAUGAAGAACUCAGUUUUUUGGUCUGUUUCAUCAGCUACACGAAUACUGCCGUAUAAUAAUUUCAAUGACUAAGGCGCCUAAGUAGCAUGACGUUUCUUAUUAUGACCAAUAAGGCCCUUGAUGUCUAUGACGUUUGUGUAGCAUGACGUUUCCUGUUGUGACCAGUAGACCCACAAGGACUAUGGCGUGUAUUAAUAUCAUAUCCGCCUGGGUAUAUAUAAUGUCAAAGGCCCUGCAAAUUUUAAUCUUCCCAAGCCCCCCCCCCCCCAAACGGCACCGGCCCUGCCCGAGUAAUAUAUAACUAGUUAGCCAUAUGCUUGUUAAGGCAGAAGUCGUAUAGUAUUAGAUAACUAGUUAGCCAUAUGCUUGUUAAGGCAGAAGUCGUAUAGUAGUAGAUAUCUAGUUAGCCAUAUGCUUGUUAAGGCAGAAGUCGUAUAGUAUUAGAUAACUAGUCAGCAUGAGCAAUAUGCUUGUUAGGGCAGAAGUCGUAAAGUAUUAGAUAACUAGUUAGACAUAUGCUUGUUAGGGCAGAAGUCGUAUAGUAUUAGAUAACUUGUUAGACAUAUGCUUGUUAAGGCAGAAGUCGUAUAGUAAUUCAUAACUAGUUAGCAAUAUGCUUGUUAAGGCAGAAGUCGUAUAGUAAUUCAUAACUAGUUAGCAAUAUGCUUGUUAAGGCAGAAGUCGUAUAGUAUUAGAUAACUAGUCAGCAUGAGCAAUAUGCUUGUUAGGGCUGAAGUCGUAAAGUAUUAGAUAACUAGUUAGACAUAUGCUUGUUAGGGCAGAAGUCGUAUAGUAUUAGAUAACUUGUUAGACAUAUGCUUGUUAAGGCAGAAGUCGUAUAGUAAUUCAUAACUAGUUAGCCAUAUGCUUGUUAAGGCAGAAGUCGUAUAGUAAUUCAUAACUAGUUAGCCAUAUGCUUGUUAAGGCAGAAGUCGUAUAGUAAUUCAUAACUAGUUAGCAAUAUGCUUGUUAGGGCAGAAGUCGUAUAGUAGUAGAUAACUAGUUAGCAAUAUGCUUGUUAAGGCAGAAGUCGUAUAGUAAUUCAUAACUAGUUAGCAAUAUGCUUGUUAAGGCAGAAGUCGUAUAUGACCGCCUGUAGAAAAAGCUUGACACUUUGUAGAGUUUACAAGUCGCAAAUUCUAGACGAAAUAUUUACAAGCAGUUUCUGAGUUUCUUACAACUUGGAACAAGGUUUGGUGUCGAAUUUUAAAAAAAUUAAUUAAUAGAUGUAGCUAUAUCUAUUUAGAUUUUUUUAUUGUGUUUAUUUAAAACAAAAAAGCACUACAUAAUAUACCAUAAUGUUCACACAUAAGAAGCCUGGUAGAAUCAAGUUACUAGACCACAUUCCCAGCUCAUGGGACAUCUAAUGGGGGUUGCGGAUAAAUUCCAUUUCUGUAUGGCAGCCGGCUGAAACAAUAGACUAAGAGAAAUAGUGAUUUUUUUAAAGUUUUGUUUUCUUAUUUGGUACCUUAAAGAUUGAGUUAUAGUUCCAUUCAUGGUAUUAAAUAGCUCGUUAAUUACAAUUAAAUUGUAGGCCUACAUAAAAAUCUAGUUCGAUAUAUUUUCAUUUCCAAGAAUGUGUUUCCUAUUUCAAAGCCUUUCAUUUCAAUAUUAUGCUUCAAGGGUUAUUUUUCUUCAAUAAAUAUGGUCGAGACUUGAAAAUGGACAAGAAUCUUUUAAACUAGAGUGACUGAGCCUAUAAAGAUUCAGCACAGUUAGUUAACUAGCUUAUAGUUUAUCGUUCCUGGCUUAUGACAAUCUGGGACUUCUUCAAAUCAAAAAGUUCACUAAAACUGAUGUCUACAAGUUUAUAUCCCUUGUUUCCCGGGAAGUUUUGUUGACUAAAAAUCGCUCUGGAUCCCACAGGAAGCAGCCUGGUACAAUGGCGAUUGGUGGACAGCAUCCUAUUUAUAGAUUUAAUAAUAAUAAUAAUAAAGUUCAUUUCAAAAACACGCUUCAUCCCCAAAGGCUCGAAGCGCGGUACAAAGUCAACAAAAAACAAAUGUUUAAUUUACCACAUUUAAAACACAUUUAGUGCUAACGACGGUGGCUAUCACCCUAUUUAUAGAUGUAUUGCUAACCAGUGGAUAAGCCAAGCUAUAACUCCACAAAGUUAAGCCCGCCCACCAGGUGAGUCCACCAUUCCAGAUCCAGGCUAAUAUAGCGACACACUUGACAAAAUAAAUAUUUGGAAAUGGUGGUUUAAAAACGACACCAACGUCCAAUACUUUGGCUAUAAAUAAACCUGCUCUUAGGUGCUCCGGCUAUUUGGGUCUUAGGUGCUUCGGCUAUUUGGGUCUUAGGUGUAAGUUUGAGCCAAAGGCCAGCUAUACAUUUUUUAUGUCAGGUGGGGCCGGGAGAGACAAAUGGGCCGGCAUAGAGUUUGUAUAUCUUUAGAAUAGAAGGAACGCUUUCAUCUGUGGACAGAGAAUAGGGGGGGGGGGNAUAGGUACAGAUAUAUAUAUUACCAUUAGUUUGAUCAAACAGGCAUUAGCCACCAAAGUAGCAAGACUCAAGUAUUUAAUAUAGGUUCGUGGUGUGCUGAUCAUUUGUUUCAUUUUUGCGAGCCUAUCUUCAUACACCUUAAUUCUAACUCCUGCCCAGGCUGUGUACAUUGUGUUCGGGAUACUCAAUGGUCCGCUUCUUGGAGUGUUCACGCUGGGGAUGUUCUUUCCGUGGGCGAAUAGACAUGUCAGUGAUAAGUAGAUGAAUGGCAACGUCUGUUGAAUAAAAUAUAAUUUAUUUUCUGAAAUGCAUUCCCUUUCCCGUUAUUUAUUUUUAAAAUUAUUCCAAUAGCUCUCAAACUUUCGGAAUGUUAUACACUUAAGAUACUCUACUGAAAAUUCAUGAUCCAGAAUGUAUUUUGUAAUUCAGUAUCAAAAUAUGUAUAUGUAAAAGAUUUUCUUACAUCUUGUUGUACCACCUGAGGAAGUGUACCACUUGUGAAACAUUGACCACAGUUUUAGAUACAUUUCUCUCCUUAUGAUGUAGGGUUCAAUAGCGGGACUGAUCGCGUCACUGGCGAUACUGUUCUGGAUAGGAAUCGGUUCUUUCGUCUAUGACCUGGAGCAACCCCCGUCACGAACCUUUACUCUCUCCAUCUCUCACUUCAUCUCUGUCGUUCUACACAGUCUCUCUCUCGAUCUCCUACAUACGUCUCUGUCACGCCCGAUCUCUCCAUCUCUCACUUCAUCUCUGUCGUUCUACACAGUCUCUCUCUCGAUCUCCUACAUACGUCUCUGUCACGCCCGAUCUCUCCAUCUCUCACUUCAUCUCUGUCGUUCUACACUUUCGUCUCUCUCUCCAUCUCUCACUUCAUCUCUGUCGUUCUACACAGUCGUCUCUCUCUCUCUCGCUUUCUUUGUUGGACAAACCAACCCUUCUCAUCUUUUCAGUGAAACCUAUUGUCAACUAUCAUAGAGAGAUAUCUUGUUUCUUUUCUUUCCUUGGUUCUAUCCCUGGACUAUCGUACAUGUACAUAGAUACUAUACCCUAGAGCAGUGGUUCUAAAACUUUUUCCGAUCACCGCCCCACACCGGCUGCCUUUCGAAUCCAAUUAUAAGCAUUUGAAGAAUAAGUUUUCCACGCCCCUCCAUGGGAGAUAAUUACAUAAUGAUGUGUAGAACUGUAACAUAUUUUAGCAAUUAAUCAAAAUACAAAUGAAUCUUUAUUAUUUUCUUCAUUCAUUUAUAAGCUGAAAAAUUUGUUCCUGCGAUAUCUUAAGUAAGAUCAUUAUUUAGCUAGAGUUUGAGAUACAAAAGAGGGUAAAUCUCACUAAAAUAACCUUUUGAUUGAUUGAUUGGAUAUUAAUAUAGUGCUGGAAUCCAUGCUACUUUAGCAUGCUCACUGCGCUCUGGUUUUCUUAAAUCUAUUUCAACAAAAAAAUACAAUACGAAUGCAGCUAGGAGCAGUCCACUGUGGAUAAUGUAAUUAAUGUUACACCGAAGGCAAAACCUUUGAUGACAAUUUUAAACCUUGGUUUAAAAUACUUUUUUUUUCUUUAAAUAAGCCUUACUACACCAACUGUAUUAAUCAUAAGAAUUGGAUGUAACCCAUCCAAUCCGUGGAUUCCAUUCAAUGGUAAUUUUAAAAUCGCUCUAGCAAGAAGUCAUUUUAAAAAUCACCAUUAUCUUCUAACUCUGAUGGGCUAAUGUAGAACUAGUAUGACUCGUAGCUCGUGUCGGUCCUAGACCGAGUUUGAAUAUUACAGAGUUGUCAUUUGGAAUUCAAAGGAACGGAGUUUGAUUUUUAUAAGACAUGUCUUAUUCCAUCACAAUUGCAAAUUUAUUUUUAGCAAUGUCGUGUGUAGUCAGAACUAUGAGAAGUCAUAAUAUGUGUGAUGUCUGUGUAGUCAGUACUAUUAGUGGUAAUGUUGUGUGUGAUGUCUGUGCAGUCAGAACCUUGAGAAACAUUUGUGCAAAAAAUUUAUACGGCAUCGCAUUCAACACAGAAAGUCAGUAAUAGCCAAUCAUUUUGAACGUCGGGAAUAGUCAAUCAUUUUGAACGUCAGGAAUAGUCAAUGCUUGAAAGAUUCAUUACUUGAGAGUCAAUUCAUCCGAUAGAAAUGACCGCUAAUUUUUCUAUGCACUAAACUAAUCUCCAUAUUGUCAGCCAAUGUGUCUCUGAUAGAAUCUCACUAAAAGCUGGAGGAUGAAUACUUCACCUAUGUUUAGAACUAUUCCGACUUAUCAAUCAAAACAACAUUGUCAUAUGGUGCACGCAAGCCUCCUGAUUUUCCGCGGGGGGGGGGGGGGGGGGAGACAUUAAAAUCCUAUCAAAUCAUGCGUGUCUGUCUGCUGGUCAUUUGUGACGUUCAUUACACGUCUUAGUUUUUUCAGUUCACAGUGCUUACCAAAAUAGACAUGUUUAUAGACGCUAGUACAUCCGUUUGAAAAACAAGUUUUCUUCUUUAUCUUCUUCGUGUGUCAGUAAGUAUAUCUUUCAUCUCAUCUUCGAGUGUCAGUAUGUAUAUCUUUCAUCUCAUCUUCGAGUGUCAGUAUUUAUGUGUCUCGUCUCAUCAUGUUUGUCACAGCUAAUCCAAACCAAAUAUACGUACAAAAUAAUCUCUACGUUAUGUCAUUUUAAUUGGAAAACGCUACCCCAUUAUAUCUUUCAUCUCAUCUUCGAGUUUCAGUAUUUAUGUGUCUCGUCUCAUCAUGUUUGUCACAGCUAAUCCAAACCAAAUAUACGUACAAAAUAAUCUCUACGUUAUGUCAUUUUAAUUGGAAAACGCUACCCCCCCCCUUUUUUUUUUACGGUACCAACCCCCCCUCCCAUCCCCCAAAUCAAAUUUGCAAAGCCUUUCAGCGCCCCUCGAACCCCAUUCCCCAAUGUAAGGACCACUGCUCUAGAGAGAAUUGUUUGUCUUUGCUUAUUCAGCUUAUCAAACUGUGCCUAGACAAAUAUAUUUGUUUUCCAAGCAAUGUCAGAUGUAAGAACUAUGAAAUAGAUGUUUUUAUACCAAAUGUGGAACGUCUUUUUUUUAUAGUUGACCUACGUCUUUACAAACGAACUGGCCAUUGUCAUCACUAAAUAUGUUUGAGCAACCAAUGACUCACAUUAUUGCAAUUUGAGCAACUCAUAAGCCAUAUUAUUGCUGUUUGAGCAACCCAUGACUCACAUUAUUGCUGUUUGAGCAACUCAUGAGCCAUAUUAUUGCUGUUUGAGCAACUCAUAAGCCAUAUUAUUGCUGUUUGAGCAACCCAUGACUCAUACUAUUGCUGUUUGAGCAACGCAUAAGCCAUAUUAUUGCUUUUUGAGCAACCCAUGACUCACAUUAUUGCUGUUUGAGCAACACAUAAGCCAUAUUAUUGCUGUUUGAGCAACUCAUAAGCCAUAUUUUGCUGUUUGAGCAACCCACAACUCACAUUAUUGCUGUUUGAGCAGCCCAUGACCCACAUUAUUGCUGUUUGAGCAACCCAUGACUCACAUAAUUGCUUUUUGAGCAACCCAUGACUCACAUUAUUUCUGUUUGAGCAACCCAUGACUCAUAUUAUUGCUGUUUGAGCAACCCAUUACUCAUAUUAUUGCUGUUUGAGCAACCCAUGACUCAUAUUUGCUGUUUGAGCAACUCAUAAGCCAUAUUAUUGCUGUUUGAGCAACCCAUGACUCAUAUUAUUGCUGUUUGAGCAACCCAUGACACAUAUUAUUGCUGUUUGAGCAACCCAUGACUCAUAUUAUUGCUGUUUGAGCAACCCAUGACUCAUAUUAUUGCUGUUUGAGCAACACAUGAGCCAUAUUAUUACUGUUUGAGCAACUCAUAAGCCAUAUUAUUGCUUUUGAGUACCCAUGACCCACAUUAUUGCGUGACAUACAUCUGUUUCAAAGAUCGGCCUAAAGUGUUCCUCGGAUGUUUAGAUAUUAACCUGGACUUUGUAUUGGCUAAACAUUUCCCCACGAUGUCUUUACAAAUGAUAAAUACAUGUACAUAAAAUACAUUUAAAUUUGAAUUACAUUAAAAACUAACGACAAAUCUCUGGCAUUGGUUACACUGACAAUGACUUGAGAACCACUGAUCCCAAGUGUAAAAAGCUGGAGAAUCCCUACUAUUGUGUAACAGAAAGCAAUUAGUUUCCUUGGCAACCUCAAACAAAAUACGCCAUUUUGUACUUGACUAUUGAUUGAAUGAUAAAGAGCGUGCGGGUCUGUCUGUCUCAUUAAGUAUCUUUCGUUACCAUGUGUACAUGGAGGACACUCUCUAGCACAGAAAGCAGCAUGUGGUCACAAGAACCGUAGAGCCGUACCAAUGGGGCAAAAUGUGCUAGUAUUUCGUAUGUAAGAUGUGCUAGUUCUUCGUGUGGGUAAGAUGCUGCCUCUUGUGAGUGGGAUACGAGUCUCUCUUGAUGACUCUCUCUUGUGAGUGGGAUACGAGUCUCUCUUGAUGACUCUCUCUUGUGAGUGGGAUACGAGUCUCUCUUGAUGACUCUCUCUUGUGAGUGGGAUACGAGUCUCUCUUGAUGACUCUCUUGUGAGUGGGAUACGAGUCUCUCUUGAUGACUCUCUCUCUUGUGAGUGGGAUACGAGUCUCUCUUGAUGACUCUCUCUUGUGAGUGGAAUACGAGUCUCUCUUGAUGACUCUCUCUUGUGAGUGGGAUAGAUAAGUCUCUCCUCUCGUCCGGUUCGGUUGCUGUGGUACUAGCCCUUGCUCCGCCACUGUUAUACCAGACAUAUCACGUGAGAAUGUCUAUUGGCAUUUAUGAGUUUGUAACGGUUGAAUGUUUGAUACGAGGAUUGUAUUAGUUUGUAACUGUUGUAUUGUAAGUGUUGUAUCUUCAAUACAAGGUUUGUAUUAGUUUGUAAGUGGUGUAUGGUAAGGUAUCUGACACAGUGUACUCUAGUUAUAGUGUUAUAUCUGACACAGCGUAUUCUAGUACUAGUGUUUAUCUGACACAGCGUACUCUAGUACUAGUGUUGUAUCUGACACAGCGUACUCUAGUACUAGUGUUAUAUCUGACACAGCGUACUCUAGUACUAGUGUUGUAUCUGACACAGCGUACUCUAGUACUAGUGUUGUAUCUGACACAGCGUACUCUAUUACUAGUGUUAUAUCUGACACAGCGUACUCUAGUACUAGUGUUAUAUCUGACACAGCGUUGUAAUUUGGAGGAGAAUGUAGAUUGUAAUGUGGAGGAGAAACAAUCUAUAAACGAUCUAUAAUAAACAAAAAUUAGCGAUCUUUUUUGAACAAACUAAAUUAUCUUUAAUAACGAACUAAAAGAUCUUUAAACAAAAACUAAGCAAUCUUUAAGAACAAACUAAGCGUUUUUAAAAAACAAAAUUAACGAUUUUUAACCAAAAAAACUAAGUGAUCCUUGUGAACAAACUAACCGAUCUUUAAGAACAAAUAAAGCGACCAUUACAAAAAAGUGAACGAUCUUUAACAACAAACUAAGCGAUCUUUAAGAACAAACUAAACGAUCUUUAACAACAAGAUGUUAUAUUAGAUGUUUAUUUAUUAAUAUUCACGAUUAUCUCAUUUUUUAAUAAAAAGAAUGUAAAUAUUUAUACUUUUCCCCAUCAUUUUCGAUGUGUGCAAAAUGUAUGCGGGAACGAAUUUAAAAAUAUCUAAAUAUUUCGGCUUCGGUUUCGGCCGAAAGUCAUUUUUAACUUUCGGCCUUUUUUCGGUUUCGUCCGAAAGUCAUUUUAAACUUUCGGCCUAUUUUCGGCUUCGGUUGAAAUCAGAAAAUCACUUUCGGUCGGUCUCUACUCUAUUGUAAGGUGAAGGAUAUAGAUUGCAAGUUGAAGGAGGAUGUAGAUUGCAAGUUGAAGGAGGAUAUAGAUUGCAAGUUGAAGGAGGAUAUAGAUUGCAAGUUGAAGGAGGAUAUAGAUUGCAAGUUGAAGAAGGAUAUAGAUUGCUAGUUGAAGGAGGAUAUAGAUUGCAAGUUGAAGGAGGAUAUAGAUUGCAAGUUGAAGGAGGAUAUAGAUUGCAAGUUGAAGGAGGAUAUAGAUUGCAAGUUGAAGGAGGAUGUAGAUUGCAAGUUGAAGAAGGAUAUAGAUUGCUAGUUGAAGGAGGAUAUAGAUUGCAAGUUGAAGGAGGAUAUAGAUUGCAAGUUGAAGGAGGAUGUAGAUUGCAGUUGAAGGAGGAUAUAGAUUUCAAGUUGAAGGAGGAUAUAGAUUGCAAGUUGAAGGAGGAUAUAGAUUGCAAGUUGAAGGAGGAUAUAGAUUGCAAGUUGAAGAAGGGUAUAGAUUGCAAGUUGAAGAAGGAUAUAGAUUGCAAGUUGAAGGAGGAUAUAGAUUGCAAGUUGAAGGAGGAUAUAGAUUGCAAGUUGAAGAAGGAUAUAGAUUGCAAGUUGAAGAAGGAUAUAGAUUGCAAGUUGAAGGAGGAUAUAGAUUGCAAGUUGAAGGAGGAUAUAGAUUGCAAGUUGAAGGAGGAUGUAGAUUGAAAGUUGAAGGAGGAUGUAGAUUGCAAGUUGAAGGAGGAUAUAGAUUGCAAGUUGAAGGAGGAUAUAGAUUGCAAGUUGAAGGAGGAUAUAGAUUGCAAGUUGAAGGAGGAUAUAGAUUUCAAGUUGAAGGAGGAUGUAGAUUGCAAGUUGAAGGAGGAUGUAGAUCGUAAGCAUGAAUAUACAUGUUUAGAAAACGGUUCCAUGAAGUAAGUCAACUCCACUGAGACUUCUUUCUUUGACUGUGUGUGUAGUGUUUGAUUUCAUUUGCCUUCAUGUAACUGUGUCACCUUCCCUAACCAGGCGACACAUCUUUUGUCUCGUUGGUCUUGUUAUGUUUUAUAUACCUGAGACCUCAUUUGAGCCUGUAUGAAUGUGCUGGUUUUAUAUAAAUAUGACAGGAAAAGUGACAAAACUCCCUACAAUACCGAAUGAUGUUUGGGGCACAGGAUGAUGUAUUCGUAUUGUACUUGGGAUUAAUUUGUUUACAUUUCUAGCCAUUCUCUACGAUCCCCAGUUUUGUUUUAGAAUGUUCACCUGGAACUAAAAGGUGAAGGAUGCAAGUGGACAUUUUCUUCACAAACUGAAAUCUGUAAAACACAUCAAAGAAAAUUGAGAAUCACAUCAACGCAAUCUGUGAAACACAUCAACGAAAUCUGUGAAACACAUCAACGAAAUCUGUGAAACACAUCAACGAAAUCUGUGAAACACAUUAACGCAAUCUGUGAAACACAUCAACGAAAUCUUUGAAACACAUCAAUGGAAAAUGAACAACAUAGGUUAAAAGGUUUAAGUUAAAAAAAAAAAGUCAUGAAAUGAUGGUCUAUAAAUAAACAUGAUGAAUAACGGGCAGUAUAUCAUUGUGAUGAAGCAGUUUGAUCCGUUUCUAUCAGUAAGCAGUAUCAGUUCUGUUCUGACAAUUCGUCGGUAAUAUACGAGUGUUCUGUGACAGUUCUGUUAUCCUGGCAUCUAUCAGUCAUCUCUUACAGAGCAAUGAAACGAUAGAGUGCUAUGUUAACCUCCCCACCAAUGACAGCAAUCUUUGCUGUCCUUCAUUAACUCCCUGGUCUCAGUCUCAAUCCUCUUAGUGUCCUGUUAGCCCCACACCACCCCUCCCUUUCUCUUGUGGAUAGCGUCCUUUUAGCCCCACACCACCCCUCCCUUUCUCUUGUAACAGCGUCUUGUUAGCCCCACACCCACCCCUCCCUUUCUCUUGUAACAGCGUCUUGUUAGCCCCACACCCAUCCCUCCCUUUCUCUUGUAACAGCGUCUUGUUAGCCCCACACCCAUCCCUCCCUUUCUCUUGUAACAGCGUCUUGUUAGCCCCACACCCACCCCUCCCUUUCUCUUGUAACAGCGUCUUGUUAGCCCCACACCCAUCCCUCCCUUUCUCUUGUAACAGCGUCUUGUUAGCCCCACACCCACCCCUCCCUUUCUCUUGUAACAGCGUCUUGUUAGCCCCACACCCACCCCUCCCUUUCUCUUGUAACAGCGUCUUGUUAGCCCCACACCCACCCCUCCCUUUCUCUUGUGACAGCGUCUUGUUAGCCCCACACCCAUCCCUCCCUUUCUCUUGUAACAGCGUCUUGUUACCCCCACACCCACCCCUCCCUUUCUCUUGUAACAGCGUCUUGUUAGCCCCACACCCACCCUCCCAUUCUCUGGUGACAGCGUCCUGUUAGCCCCCCACCCACCCUCCUUUUCUCUUGUGACAGCGUCCUGUUAGCCCCACACCACCCCUCCCUUUCUCUUGUGACAGCGUCCUGUUAUCCCCACACCCAUCCCUCCCUUUCUCUUGUGACAGCGUCCUGUUAUCCCCACACCCCCCCCUCCCUUUCUCUUGUGACAGCGUCCUGUUAGCCCCACACCACCCCUCCCUUUCUCUUGUGACAGCGUCCUGUUAUCCCCACACCCAUCCCUCCCUUUCUCUUGUGACAGCGUCCUGUUAUCCCCACACCCAUCCCUCCCUUUCUCUUGUGACAGCGUUCUGUUAGCCCCACACCACCCCUCCCUUUCUCUUGUGACAGCGUCGUGUUAGCCCGUGACUUUUUCCUACUGAGCUGACUAAAUGACGUCAGCAGUUCUAGAUACUUUGCUUGCAUCAGUUAAAGAUGUAUGUUUGCCACAACACUUAUGGUCUGGGAUUAUGUCCAUCUAUGUUCUGGGAUUAUGUCCAUCUAUGGUCUGGGAUUAUGUCCAUCUAUGGUCUGGGAUUAUGUCCAUCUAUGGCAGCGGUUCUCAACAUGUGGGUCGCGACUCCUUUGGGGGUCGCACGACCCUUUCCAGGGGGUCGCCUCAGACCAUCUGAAAACACAUAUGCUCUACAUUUAUGAAGUAGCAAUGAAAAUAAUUUUGUGGCUCGGGGUCGCCACACCAUUAGGAACUCUAUUAAAGGAUCGGGAAUACAAAGGUUGAGAACCACUGAUCUAUGGUCUGGGAUUAUGUCCAUCUAAUGGUCUGGGAUUAUGUCGAUACAUGUUCUUGGAUUAUGAACAUUUUUGAUAUUGAUAAUAGUUCAUUAUGAGCUCAAGGUGGUCAGACCUCAAUGGCCAUCUCUUAAGAUUUAUUACAAUGUUGCAUGCGCUUUGGUAAGACAUUGGUAGGAGCGUGGGACUGACAUUUAUAAUGACUUGAAGAGAGACAUGGGAAGGAUGUGUGGGUCCUGGAAGGAUGUGUGGGUCUUGGAAGGAUGUGUGGGUCCUGGAAGGAUGUGUGGGUCUUGGAAGGAUGUGUGGGUCCUGGAAGGAUGUGUGGGUCCUGGAAGGAUGUGUGGGUCCUGGAAGGAUUUGUGGGUCCUGGAAGAAUGUGUGGGUCCUGGAAGGAUGUGUAGGUCCUGAAAAGGUGUGUGGGUCCUGGAAGAGAUCAAUAUUCGAUUUUAUGGACAAGUUUUUACUAACUCAACCACGGAAGUGUCAUGCUAAAUACUUCCAUUUCUAACUGAUUAAUAAAUUAGUUCGCUUAAAUGCAUAAAUAAUAGAAGAGCUACGUCUCAUUAAAAAGGUUUAUAUUAAAUCUUAAUGAGUUCCCCUGUUCCCUUUCUGGCCGUCAGAAAUGUAUUUAAUUUUUUCAAAUGUAAAAAUUUGGAACUUUGCUCUGCAACUUUAUCAUACUCUCUGUUCACGACAACUUACGUAUCAGCAAAAAUAACAUGAACUAUUUUUGCAACUGUGGAGUUUCCAAGCACCCAACUUUUAUUCCUUUUGACUACUGGGAACACGCUGUACACCGUUGACAAACCCACGUACGCCUUCAAGAUGUGGACGUUUCAGUACUGCUCCAUUUGGUGACUACUGUCAUUGUUGGCUGAGAGGAUUGAGAAAGCUGCUCAGUUGUCAUCUUGCUCAGUUGUCAUCCCGCUCAGUUGUCACCUGGCUCAGUUGUCAUCCUGCUCAGUUCUCAUCCUGCUCAGUUGUCACCUGGCUCACUUGUCAUCCUGCUCAGUUGUCACCUGGCUCACUUGUCAUCCUGCUCAAUUGUCAUCCUGCUCAGUUGUCAUCCUGCUCAGUUGUCAUCCCGCUCAGUAGUCAUCCCGCUCAGUUGUCAUUCCGCUCAGUUGUCAUCUUGCUCAGUUGUCACCUGGCUCAGUUGGCACCCGGCUCAGUUGUCAUCCAGCUCAGUUGUCAUCCUGCUCAGUUGUCAUCAUGCUCAGUUGUAACCCUGCUCAGUUGUAACCCUGCUCAGUUGUCACCCUGCUCAGUUGUCACCCUGCUCAGUUGUCACCCUGCUCAGCUGUCACCGUUUCAGUUGUCAUCCUUCUCAGUUGUCACCCUGCUCAGUUGUCACCGUUUCAGUUGUCAUCCUGCUCAGUUGUCACCCUGCUCAGUUGUCACCGUUUCAGUUGUCAUCCUGCUCAGUUGUCACCCUGCUCAGUUGUCACCGUUUCAGUUGUCAUCCUGCUCAGUUGUCACCCUGCUCAGUUGUCACCGUUUCAGUUGUCAUCCUGCUCAGUUGUCACCCUGCUCAGUUGUCACCGUUUCAGUUGUCAUCCUGCUCAGUUGUCACCGUUUCAGUUGUCAUCCUGCUCAUUUGUCACCCUGCUCAGUUGUCACCGUUUCAGUUGUCAUCCUGCUCAGUUGUCACCCUGCUCAGUUGUCACCGUUUCAGUUGUCAUCCUGCUCAGUUGUCACCCGGCUCAGUUGUUACCUUGCUCAGUUGUCACCCUGCUCAGUUGUUACCCUGCUCAGUUAUCACCCGGCUCAGUUGUUACCCUGCUCAGUUGUCACCCUGCUCAGUUGUUACCCUUCUCAGUUCUUAUAUGUAACUGUGUUCCAUUAUGAAACCUACUGAAGUGAACACUUUCAAAUGUUCAUUUUCCAUUGGGCUGCCAACCAAAUUUAAAUUGAUGAGCAGUUAGUCAAAUGUUGACCUGUAAUGACUUAUUCGUAAGUAUCCUUUAGAAUGUUAGAAUGUCCAGUCAAAAAUGAGACUUUGAACUCACCUUUUCUUGACCCCAAAGUGGGGGAUAUCUCAAUUAUUAAAAUGUUUCUUAAUUGCUUGAAACUUGUUGAGUCAUAUUCAACAUAAAUUCAGCACUGAUUAAGAAUGCCUCACCAUAAAAUAAGGUACAACACACCCUCACACAUGAGUCAUACCGACAUAAUUAUGGAAACAUCAUCAUGUUCAAUUGGGUUGUUGUUAUUUUUUAUUUUUUAUUUUUUUUUGGGGGGGGCGGGGGGUGUUGGGGGUUAGCUUUGUCGGUUAAUUUUUUAAAAUGUCUACUAAAAAAUAUACAAUUUAUAAUAUUUGUCGGUAAAUUUAAGUUGUUAUAAGUUGUUUUUUUUCUAGUUGGCAAGUCAGCCUCCCUAUAGGGGUGUUAUUCCCUCCCUUGUGAGGUUGUCACCCGGUGCUGUCCGCAUCCUCCCCGCGCACCCCCUUGUGACGCCACUGACUAGUACCGCACAAAAUGAAUAAUUCUCUGGUUGAUUGACCAUGUCAAUGGCGGGUAUCCACUGGACCAAGCCCAGGGCAUUGAUAGCACGGUGUUUAACCUUGGCUGGGGAGGCGCGUGGAUCAUUUUGUCAAAGAAGAAAACCCAUGACGGUGUAAGGUUGAGGUCAAUCCAAAUGUCAUCUCUCCAAGAUAGGCAGUACUAUGGGUUAUUGUGUGGCUCAUAGAUGUUUAGGAGAGACAGUGUCGAUAUCAAGUGUUAGAAGUUGUUGGUUUUAAUAAGGGACUAAGACAACCUUCCUUCAAUUUGCCAGUAUAUUUAAGUGAGCAUACAUAGUUAAAUGUUGACUCGUAGGAUUGCUCUUAAAAUCAUUGAAAUCAAUAGUGUUCAAUCUUAUAUUUGUAUUUUUUGCCUCAAAAUCUGGCUUUUAUUUUCAAUACUUUUGAUAUUUCAUCAGGUAGGACUGCACUUUAGAAGUAAUAUAGACAGCAGAUUCGCUUGUACAUCUUUUUUAUAGACAUGGCAUUGCUUUCAAAGACUUGACACUGCCUUCAUAGACUUGGCAUCGUUUUCAUAGACUUGACAUUUCUUUCGUUGAUUUGGUACACUUGGGUAUAUUUUUCAGACUGUGGCUGAAAAUUGGAUCCCCCCCUCCCCCAAGACUGAUCACUAUCAGUCUCUGUAGUGAAUAGUUCCUUAUUGCUUUCUUUGUUGUACUCACUGAGCCAUGAGUCAAGCUAAACUUCUCAUUCUCAAGUAGGUCCCAAUGAAGUCUUGAGUGCAGUCACAGUGUUGUCACAAUGAAGUCUUGAGUGCAGUCAGAGUGUUGUCACAAUGAAGUCUUGAGUGCAUCCAGUAUGUCAGAGUGUUGUCACAAUGAAGUCUUGAGUGUAGUCAGUAUGUCAGAGUGUUGUCACAUUGAAGUCUUGAGUGCAGUCAAUAUGUCAGAGUGUUGUCACAUCGAAGUCUUGAGUGCAGUCAGUAUGUCAGAGUGUUGUCACAUUGAAGUCUUGAGUGCGGUCAGUAUGUCAGAGUGUUGUCACAUUGAAGUCUUGAGUGCAGUCAGUAUGUCAGAGUGUUGUCACAUUGAGGUCUUGAGUGCGGUCAGUAUGUCAGAGUGUUGUCACAUUGAAGUCUUGAGUGCGGUCAGUAUGUCAGAGUGUUGUCACAUUGAAGUCUUGAGUGCGGUCAGUAUGUCAGAGUGUUGUCACAUUGAAGUCUUGAGUGCGGUCAGUAUGUCAGAGUGUUGUCACAUUGAAGUCUUGAGUGCGGUCAGUAUGUCAGAGUGUUGCCACAUUGAAUUCUUGAAUGAAGUAUUUCUCAAACAUAAAAAUCAGCCAUAUUACCCUAAAACUUCACUCCCUUGGUGACAGUAAUGACUCAAUUAGAAGUAAUCAUUUAGAUUUUGUAAGAAGUUUCUGAGCAUAUGGGUGACCUUUUUUUUUUUUUUUUUCUUAUAUUUGAGGGGCCCACGAUCAAUUUGUUGAUCAUUCUGGCUCCUGGUUUAAAUUCAGAGUUUGCCUUCUCUUAGAUGGGUUGCCGUCCAAGGCUAACGAGUCCCAUCCACCCGGGGUGCUUGGGAUGGUUUUGGUGGGGAUUGAGCUCCGAACCACCGGCUUUUUGGUUUGAGACAGUUUAGACCGCUCGGCCACCCAGCACCUGAACUCUCAAAGUCUAUUGAGUUUGAUGAGACUAUGAGUAUAAAUUGAAACUCUACAUAAUUGUAAACUAUCAAGAGGGAGAGCAUCCUUUUAUCAUUUGAUAUAUAGAUUAUAUAAUAAACUAAGGCUUCAUACAGCCCUUAUAAUAAAUCUAUAAUUUCAUGUAUGUAUCAUGAGUUUUGGCUUUGCAUGAUACUGAACGACGGCCAGGUAAACUUUGCAUGAUACUGAAUGACAACCAGGUAAACUUUGUAUGAUACUGAAAGACGGCAAUUUAAACUUUGCAUGGUACUGAAUGACGGCCAGGUAAACUUUGCAUGGUACUGAAUGACGGCCAGGUAAACUUUGCAUGGUACUGAAUGAUGGCCAGGUACGGCCAGGUAAACUUUGCAUGGUACUGAACGACGGACAGGUAAACUUUGCAUGAUACUGAAAGACGGCAAUUUAAACUUUGCAUGGUACUGAAUUGACGGCCAGGUAAACUUUGCAUGGUACUGAAUGAUGGCCAGGUAAAUUUUGCAUGGUACUGAAUGACGGCCAGGUAAACUUUGCAUGGUACUGAAUGACGGCCAGGUAAACUUUGCAUGAUACUGAAAGACGGCAAUUUAAACUUUGCAUGGUACUGAAUGACGGCCAGGUAAACUUUGCAUGAUACUGAACGACGGCCAGGUAAACUUUGCAUGGUACUGAACGAUGGCCAGGUAAACUUUGCAUGGUACUGAACGAUGGCCAGGUAAACUUUGCAUGGUGCUGAAUGUCCGCCAGGUAAACUUUGCAUGGUACUGAACGACGGCCAGGUAAACUUUGCAUGGUACUAAAUGACUGCAGCGUACUGAAUAACUGCAAGGUAAACUUUGCAUGGUACUGAGUAGACUGCAGGAUGCAGUAGUUGAGAUGCCAUAUUUUAUUGGGGUUUUUUAAAUGUUAUAUUCAAAAACAACUUCAUGAUCAGACUUUUUAUGAUCAGACUUUUCCUGAGUUAUCAAAAUGUUUUGUUCUUGUUGCAGACUGUAGUGACACUGUUAAAAGCAGGGUGUGAUGUCAUACUUGUUGACAACGAGGGGUUGACUGCUGCAGAUCUUGCAGACAAAUGUAAUGAAAAAGAGUUAGCUGCUCUUAUUAGAGGGGAAAUAACUGCUGACCAAUUGAGCCAUGUCCCACAUUCAUCAAGUGCUGAAAAGGUUGGAUUUUCAUUCUAUAUUUCUAUUGUGUUUGGAAAACAGAAUUUACUUAACUAAAACUUCCAGCAGGAGGCAAGGAAUAUUUAAUUUAAGUAGAUAUUGACUUUGAAAAGUCCAGUAUAUGAUGUCCAGAAUAGGAUUGUUUGGUAUUGGGGAAGGAUUAGCAAGUCUAGAUAUUUAUGUUGGGCUUUGGAAAAUGUCCACAUUUUUAUUCAAGCUGUUUUUUAGGUAUAAAUAUCAAGGUGAUUUUGAUAACACUUGUUUAAUAAUUAAUCUUAAAAGUGUUUAUGGUAUUUUUCUUGCUUUUUUGUUGUCCUGCUCUUUUAUAUUGCAAUAAACAUAACACAGCAUUUAGCAGUUACUGUUGCUAAAUAUAACUUAAAAAUAGAGUUAAAUAUUAUUGUAAAAAUUGUUUUCUUUCAGAUCCAUCGAAUACAUCACCUUCGCUCUCCACACUUGAACUUCCCACCACCCCCACCAUUUCCCCCUGAAGAUUCGGGGGCCGUCACUACCACAGCAAGCACCAAUACCAGAUUCGGAGCUACAUCUCCACCGCUACCACCCCCUCCUCUGCCCCUCUCUCCACCCACAUCGACCCCUUCCACAAUCGGCUCACCCAUAUCACCCCCUACUCCAAUCAAUGAAGAAGACCAAGAAACUAUCACAAGUUUAGUCUCAAGCCCCCCAAGCAAUAACAGGGACACAGGCACAAACACUGCAAGAGAGACCUUCCACAGAAGUCCUUCAAGAGUAUCAGGUGAGAUAUGUCACCUGCUCUACCAUAUGUAGGACUACAAGAAUAUCAGGUGAGCUAUGUCACCUGCUCUACCAUAUGUAGGACUUCAAAAGUAUCAGGUGAGCUAUGUCACCUGCUCUUCCAUAUGUAGGACUUUAAGAAUAUCAGGUGAGCUAUGUCACCUGCUCUACCAUAUGUAGGACUUCAAGAAUAUCAGGUGAGCUAUGUCACCUGCUCUACCAUAUGUAGGACUUCAAGAGUAUCAGGUAAGAUAUGUCACCUGCUCUACCAUAUGUAGGACUUCAAGAGUAUGAGGUAAGAUAUGUCACCUGCUCUACCAUAUGUAGGACUUCAAGAGUAUCAUGUAAGAUAUGUCACCUGCUCUACCAUAUGUAGGACUUCAAGAGUAUGAGGUAAGAUAUGUCACCUGCUCUACCAUAUGUAGGACUUCAAGAGUAUCAGGUAAGAUAUGUCACCUGCUCUACCAUAUGUAGGACUUCAAGAGUAUGAGGUAAGAUAUGUCACCUGCUCUACCAUAUGUAGGACUUCAAGAGUAUGAGGUAAGAUAUGUCACCUGCUCUACCAUAUGUAGGACUUCAAGAGUAUCAUGUAAGAUAUGUCACCUGCUCUUACUAAUGUAUGACUUCAAGGGUAUCAGGUAAGAUAUGUCAUCUGCUCUGCUAAUGUAUGACUUCAAGGGUAUCAGGUAAGAUAUGUCACCUGCUCUACCAUAUGUAGGACUUCAAGAGUAUGAGGUAAAAUAUGUCACCUGCUCUUACUAAUUUAUGACUUUAAGAGUAUCAGGUUAGAUAUGUCAUCUGCUCUGCUAAUGUAUGACUUUAAGAGUAUCAGGUUAGAUAUAUCAUUGGCACUACCAUAUGUAUGACUUUAAGAGUAUCAGGUAACAUAUGUCAUCAGCACAACCAUAUGUAUGUUCCAUUCUAAUGGUGGUGACCAUGUAUAUUGUCUGUAUCACGACCAAGUAUAUUGUCUGUAUCACGACCAUGUAUAUUGUCUGUAUCACGACAUGAUGAUGUAGCUUCUUGGUGUAGUCUUUAUGGCUGACUUGUAAUACUGUAGCAGUCUGUGCUAAGAACCUAUAGAUUCUUAGUCUUUGACCUUAUGUUUGGCUCUAUUUUUAUAGGUUCUUAUUAGCACAUCCUCAGCAUGCCUCACAAUCAGCCAGGAAUAUCAUCAGUCAUACUCUGCCAUUCACUGACACUGGUCAUCAGCCAGGGAUAUCAUCAGUCAUACUCUGCCAUUCACUCACACUGGUCAUCAGUCAGGAAUGUUAUCAGUCAUAUCUGCCAUUCACUCACUGGUCAUCAUCCAGGGAUAUCAUCAGUCAUACUCUGCCAUUCACUGACACUGGACAUCAGCCAGGGAUAUCAUCAGUCAUACUCUGCCAUUCACUGACACUGGUCAUCAACCAGAAAUGUCAUCAGUCAUACUCUGGCAUUCACUGACAUUUUAUCUGAAAACUUCACUCGGGCUUUCCAAGGCAAAUGUGUAUGCCAGGUCCAUGACAGCAAUCUAGUGGGGUUACUACUAUUGGCACCAACUAUCCUUAUCCUUCUACUGGUGUAGCAAGAUCACCGUGACUACAAUUAACAAUCCACCUUUGAAGCCACACUGCGACUCUUGGAACAGUUAGUUGGCUAGGGUCUGUACUACUUUACUUAGGAUCAAAAGUACUAUCAUCACAUUGCCUUCAGAAUCCUUUUCAAUGUGACAGACUGGCAUCCGGCAUGUUUUGCGGAAUGUUUCACUGUUACCAGCUGUGUUGCUUUUCUUGAUAGGUGUCUAGUUUACAUCAAUUUCGCUCUGAUGUCAUCAAGUACCUUGGUCUAUCUCCUUGUGAUGAACCAUAUCUACUUUGGCUAUGAGUCUCAUGUAUGUUUGUCUGGUACCAUACUGAUUACCAAUUUAACCAGGUUACAAACUUGAUGAUAACUAAGCACCAGAACUAGCAUUUAAAGAUAGAAUUAUUUCUAACAAAUACAUAAUCGUAUAGUAAGACUUUUUUGGAAAGUAUGUCAAUAGUAACAAAAUAAAUCAGUUGUACCCAAUAAAUCAUUGUCAGCCCUACAAUUAACAAAAUCAACAUUGUUAUUGUGUUAACAUGAAAAGAUUAUGGUCCCAGGUAAAAUAAGUUGAUGAAAAGAUUAUCAAGUCCUCAUAGAUAACAAAUUUGGUUGUACAGAGAAAUGAGGAAGUGAAAAGAGACUGUAGUGUUGUUACAGGCCUGAGGUUUGUAUUGUCUGUGUCCCUCUAUAAACUCCUUUAAAUGCUAGUUUUAAAAACAUAGUUUUAUUGUACUGACCUAUCAAUGUCAGUGUGUAUGUAGUGGAUUGUCUUGUACUGACCUAUCAGUGUGUCUGUAGUGGAUUGUCUUGUACUGACCUAUCAGUGUGUUUGGAGUGGGUUGUCUUGUACUGACCUAUCAGUGUGUUUGGAGUGGAUUGUCUUGUACUGACCUAUCAGUGUGUUUGGAGUGGGUUGUCUUGUACUGACCUAUCAUUGUGUUUGUAGGGGAUUGUCUCGUACUGACCUAUCAGUGUGUAUGGAGUGGGUUGUAACAUAUUUACCUGUCAGUCUGUAUGUAGUGAGUUGUUACUGUUUGACCUAUCAGUGUGUAUGAAGUGGCUGGUCUAUCAGUGUGUAUGUAGUGAUUGUAAAAAUGCAGUCUUCAGGUAAGACAAUUUAUGUCCUGAGAUUCAGCCAUCUGCUCAUCCCAACAGAGGGGUUUUUCAUGAUAAAGAGAAACAAAAUCUUUGAGUCUUAAAUCUGAGAAGUCACAGGCCAUUAUGACAAGAAUGAUUGUCUUUUCAAUCUUACACCCUGAAAUAGCAGUGUUUGUAGUUGUGAUGCUGCCAAUGUUGAGUGUGUGUUUUGUAUGCAAUCCCUAAAUGUGACAGAGGCACUAGUCACUAGAGGGACUGAAACAAUGAUAAUAUCAGACCAGAAAAAAUUGUUAUCUUCUAUGUGAUGUGUUCUAUCUGCACUGCAUUCAGUUAGAUAGUAACAUUGUGUCAUCUUAAUGGUUUAGACACCAUGGAUUUAAAAGGUGUCAUACAUUUAUGUUGUGUUAUGUGAUACAUUGAUGAUGUGCUAUGUGACACAUUUAUGAUGUGUGUAGGAUACAUUUAUGAUGUGUGUAGGAUACAUUUAUGAUGUGCUAUGUGAUACAUUUAUGAUGUGUGUAGGAUACAUUUAUAAUGUGUUAUGUGAUACAUCUAUGAUGUGUUAUGAGAUACAUUUAUGAUGUGUUAUGUCAUAAAUUUAUGAUUUUUUUGUGAGAUAGACAUUAGUAAAGUAAAGUAUGUGCUGUAAUUUAUUAAAAAAUUCAUGUAAAGUAACCUAGGGUUUAUGGGCAGACUUACUUUUUUGCUUCAGUUUAUGACUGUACCUGCAGUCACAUAGAUAAUUGAUAAGACUUAACCAGUAGUCAUAGAUCUAAUUGAUAUGACUUUAUUUUUAAUAUUAAGUACUUCCAUAAUUUCCUUAUGCUGUGUGAUAGAGUUAUCAGAUAUCAUUUAUAAGAUGCUUAAUGUCAUCCCAUAUAUUUUAUAAUAAAGAGCAGUUCUUGAAGAUGAUUUUUGUUAUUGGUACCAGUUGUUCUCAAACUGGAGCAUAAUUCUGUUUGUUUGGAUAUUUCAGUUGAUUCGACUGCAUCCAAUUUUGGUGUGUUUGAACAACAGCAAGGGGCAAUUAUUCACAUUGGUAGGUUCAUUUCUAUUUUCAGUUUCUUACUCAUUUUAAAAAUGUUGGUCAAUCAGAUUGGGCAUGUUGCCAUGGAAGGCACUGAUACACCUAGUGGAGAUUGGGAAAAUAAACAAGUUACCAUGGAAGGUACUGUUACACCUAGUGGAGAUUGGGCAAAGAAACAAGUUACCAUGGAAGGCACUGAUACACCUAGUGGAGAUUGGGCAAAUAAACAUGUUACCAUGGAAAGCACUGAUACACCUAGUGCAGAUUGGGCAAAUAAACAUGUUACCAUUGAAAGCACUGAUACACCUAGUGGAGAUUGGGCAAAAAAAUAUGUUACCAUGGAAGCACUGAUACACCAAGUGGAGAUUGGGCAAAUAAACAUGUUACCGUGGAAGCACUGAUACACCAAGUGGAGAUUGGGCAAAUAAACAUGUUACCAUGGAAAGCACUGAUACACCUAGUGGAGAUUGGGCAAAUAAACAUGUUACCAUUGAAAGCACUGAUACACCUAGUGGAGAUUGGGCAAAUAAAUAUGUUACCAUGGAAAGCACUGAUACACCUAGUGGAGAUUGGGCAAAGAAACAAGUUACCAUGGAAGGCACUGAUACACCUAGUGGAGAUUGGGCAAAUAAACAAGUUACCAUGGAAAGCACUGAUACACCUAGUGGAGAUUGGGCAAAUAAACAAGUUACCAUGGAAGCACUGAUACACCUAGAGGAGAUUGGGCAAAUAAACAAGUUACCAUGGAAGGCACUGAUACACCUAGUGGAGAUUGGGCAAAUAAAUAUGUUACCAUGGAAGGCACUGAUACACCUAGUGGAGAUUGGGCAAAUAAACAUGUUACCAUGGAAAGCACUGAUACACCUAGUGCAUAUUGGGCAAAUAAACAUGUUACCAUGGAAGCACUGAUACACCUAGUGGAGAUUGGGCAAAUAAAUAUGUUACCAUUGAAAGCACUGAUACACCUAGUGGAGAUUGGGCAAAUAAACAUGUUACCAUUGAAAGCACUGAUACACCUAGUGGAGAUUGGGCAAAUAAAUAUGUUACCAUGGAAGCACUGAUACACCAAGUGGAGAUUGGGCAAAUAAACAUGUUACCAUGGAAAGCACUGAUACACCUAGUGGAGAUUGGGCAAAUAAACAUGUUACCCUUUAAAGCACUGAUACACCUAGUGGAGAUUGGGAAAAUAAAUAUGUUACCAUGGAAGCACUGAUACACCAAGUGGAGAUUGGGCAAAUAAACAUGUUACCAUGGAAGGCACUGAUACACCUAGUGGAGAUUGGGCAAAUAAACAUGUUACCAUUUAAAGCACUGAUACACCUAGUGGAGAUUGGGCAAAUAAACAUGUUACCAUUGAAAGCACUGAUACACCUAGUGGAGAUUGGGCAAAUAAAUAUGUUACCAUGGAAAGCACUGAUACACCUAGUGGAGAUUGGGCAAAUAAACAUGUUACCAUUUAAAGCACUGAUACACCUAGUGGAGAUUGGGCAAAUAAACAUGUUACCAUGGAAAGCACUGAUACACCUAGUGGAGAUUGGGCAAAUAAACAUGUUAGCAUUGAAGCCACUAAACAUGUAUUGGGGACAUGACACACAAACUAUUGGUGUCAAUAAAAAAAUCCUUGUAAGCUUUAAUUAAAAGACCAAAUAGAAAUGUCAAUAUUUUGGCUGAUGCCUUCUUCAGUUCAAUGUUAUAACAGAUAACAUUAAAAUGUCAAUUACAUUUUAUAAAGCUAAAUGUAAGUCUCACCCAUUACUAUAAAUAAAUGUAAGUCUCACCUAUUACUUUAAAUAAAUGUAAAUCUCACCUAUUACUAUAUAUAAAUGUAAGUCUCACCUAUUACUAUAAAUAAAUUUAAGUCUCACCUAUUACUAUAAGUAAAUGUAAGUCUCACCUAUUACUAUAAAUAAAUGUAAGUCUCACCUAUUACUUUAAAUAAAUGUAAGUCUCACCUAUUACUAUAUAUAAAUGUAAGUCUCACCAAUUACUAUAAAUAAAUGUAAGUCUCACCUAUUACUAUAAAUAAAUGUAAGUCUCACCUUUUACUUUAAAUAAAUGUAAGUCUCACCAAUUACUAUAUAUAAAUGUAAGUCUCACCUAUUACUAUAAAUAAAUGUAAGUAUAGGUGAGACUUUAAAUAAAUGUAAGUCUCACCUAUUACUAUAAAUAAAUGUAAGCCUCACCUAUUACUUUAAAUAAAUGUAAGCCUCACCUAUUACUUUAAAUAAAUGUAAGCCUCACCUAUUACUUUAAAUAAAUGUAAGUCUCACCUAUUACUUUAAAUAAAUGUAAGUCUCACCUAUUACUUUAAAUAAAUGUAAGUCUCACCUAUUACUUUUAAAAAAUGAAAGAAAAAAGGGCUCCUGUCUCUUAUGAAAAUGAAGAUCAGAAUGGGAGGGGAGGGCGGCUGGGAAAUGGGCUCAAUUACAAUAUAACAUCCAAACAAGUAACCCCAUUGCGCCAUGUAAACUUGUAAAUUUAUCAGGUGUACUUCUAGCUUACAAUAUCCUAUUUCUGCAAUCUCCGAAAGUCCAUUGUCAUUAGCACUUUGAAAUGUUUCUAAACUGGACGAAAGGCUUGUUUGUUUAUGUUGUAUAUAGGGUGUUCUCUUAACCGGUCUCCAUGGUGAUGGUAUCAGCAACAAAACAACGUGAGUGAACCUAAGGGUAAGCUCUUUAUGUCCCUACAAUGUGUGCUGCCCCAUUUCCCUCUUGGGAAAGAUGCAGAGAGGCACACAGUAUUGUAAAACUAUUCUUAGCUUACACGAAAGGUUGGGGAGGUACUUAGUGUAUAAUGUCCUAAGUCUUUGCCCUUUACUUAAGUAUUUCCCCCUUUACUUAAGUAUGUCCCCUUUACAUAAUCUUUCUCUUCUGCUGUCACUGCAAGUUGAUGGACUUCCUAUAAAAUUGUCACAUUACAUCGUCCAUCUGUAAUAAAUAGAUGACCCCAAGAUGGAAUAUCACCACUCAUUCAAUAUAACAACAUUUCAAGCACCCCAAGAUGGAAUAUCCCCAUGUAGUAAAACUAAAAAGCUAAAAUCUUUAAGUGUGAGAAAAUGACUUCAUCUGUUAGCCUAUCAAAUUGUGACAUUUAUUGUUUUGAUUGAUUAUUGAUUUUGACGCUUACAGUGAAAGCAGAUGUUCACAACACACCCAGUUCAAGGCCAGGCAGCUACAUCAGCCUCAUCAGCACAGGCAGCCAUAACACAACACAGGACACCAUCCUAUCUACAGCCAGCAGCAAUUCAUCAUUGUCACAGCAGCCAGAAAGCCAUCAAAGCAAUCACAGAAGCAACAUCAGGUCAUUGAACAGAGUUUCACUGAUUGGUGAAAAAUCUCCAAGGGUUGUCAAUAUCUACAGCAAACAAGGAAAGUCAGCAUCAGCACAACCCACCCAACAACAGGCUUCCUCGGCUGAAUCUUUGGCAAGCAAGUCUGCCCCCAUUCAAAAUCACAUUUCAAAUACUGCUGUAAGCGCUAAGGUAUCAUCUGAAAUAGUCAACACUGUCAAAGCCAGAAAUACAGAAGAUGAAAGUGUAGCGAAGAUACGAAGACCCCACUAUUCCACACAGUACAGGCAAGAUUUUAACACUGGGACUAAAACAAGCUUUGCCAAAGUCAAGGCAUUGUUCCAGGAGGGAGGUGCCGUCAAGCAGACCCAUAUCUGCCCAGACAGUGGUGAAAUCUGCACUACAGACGAGCAGCAGCUCUACACAUCAAAGCAGUCAAAGGCUCCUCUCUCUAAAAUGGACUCUGAGGCAUCGACGAUGCCGCCUCCACCCCCUCCCCUUCCCAGUGAUGUUGAAAAGACAAAUCUUCCUCAAAAUGGAACAAAUGGAUCACUGGCUGACAGUUCAAAAUCAGUUGUUAAUAUUCAUGGAGGUCAUGUGACCAUCAUUUCCACCGGCAGUAAGUCUGGGGAUGUUGAUGAUGUUGAUAACAUUUCUAGAAAUGGACCUCGACCUCUCUCAGGUGGCCCGGAGCUGACCACUCAAGGUAAAUCUAGGCCGCUGCAAUCCCCCUCACCCAGUGACAAUGUAUCAGCAAUGAUGAAAGAAUUAAGAAUGAGGAGGAACUCUGGUCAGCUUCAAGAAUCCCCAGCACCAGCUCCAGUUGCCAAUGGCCGUGGAGAGGGUUCAUCUGUGUCCCACCAAAAAAUGCCAUCCAUGGUGCGCCCUGCAUCAGUUGCCACUAGUUUGGACAUCAAUGGAACUAAGGAUUUGGAUGGUAUCAAGUAAGUGCUUUCUCAAAGUUACCAUCUUGAAUGCCUCUCUGUUAUGAAACCCUGUAUUGCCUCCAUUUUUUACCGUUAUGUAUUUCCUCUCUCUAAUGUCACCUUGUAUUGUAUUGUAUCCUUGCAUUGUCUCUCAAGGCCUUUUUGUGUUGCCUCUCUUUAAAGCCAUCUUCCGUUGCUUGGCUGUAUGGCCUUCUUAUAUUUCUUUCCUGUAUUUCUUCCAUGUAUUGCCUUCUGCAUAUAAGUUAUGUACACACUUGGCUCUGUUGUAAUUGAGGCCAAAUCUUGAAAUAUUUGAUGUUUUUCUCUGUUUUGUUUUUACUCACAAACACUUUGAAAUUAGGCAAAAGGAUGCAAUAUUUCAACUAGUUUCAUUUGUAAAAAGUCAUCUUUUAUCCAAUUUGACAGGUUUCACUUAGUUAUUUAACUAAAUCUAAUCAUCAUACCAACCAACCUAUAGGGCAGACAGACAUUGACCAAUACUGACUUUGUUUUUUACUAAUCUUGCACAGAUCACCCAGGGGAUACUCACGAAGUUCAAGUAGUUCUUCCAUUAGCUCCCAGCCUCGCAGUCCAGGGGAGAACAAGCAUGACCUCAUUGCUGGUGACUUGCAUUUUAGAUGUGUUUUUUUUUUUUUUUUGUUAUUAUUAUAUUUUAAAAAAGCAAAUGUGUAACAUUAUUUAUCAACAAAGCACAUCUAGUAAAUGACCCUUUCAUUUAGAAGUUAUGCAGUUCUUAUUUUUGCUAUGCAUACUAAAUGCAUUAAACAAAUAUUUUAAUAAAAAUACAAUAUUAUUAUAACAUUGUGAGCUGAAGAAAGAAUUCUCUGUCAAAUUAUGAAUUUGUCUUUAAACUUUGUCAGUGUUAGCAAACAUUGAGUAUAUAUAUAUAUAUCAUUGAGUUAUUUGGAAAAUGUUGGCUCAUUGAUAGAAUACAUUUAUUUGUAAUCCACAUUUUUACUGUUUAUUUUUAAAGAAAAGUUGCAUUAUUUCAGUUUUGAUUAAUUACCUCACACAAACUUAUGCAUCAUUAUUCAUUGUCUAAAAUUUCAAAAUUUGAUGAAAAAUAAUUCUCAUACUUUUUUUAAAAGAAUUUUUUACAGUUUUAAGAUAACCAGGAAUAUUUUUCUACAUCUAAACACUCAGUAAGCCAUAUUUUCUGUUAAGUACACUGAGAAUGAUUUAUAGUGAAGUGCAGGUUUUAAGUUUACUCAAUGUGCAGUGCAUUAUUCGUCAGUGCUACUUAGAUUGCUAAUUGUAAUUGUUGACAGAUAUUCAGUCAGCGGUGAGUGGUUCAUCCAAUCUUUCUUUGAGACGAGCUAAAAGCCGUGGUGAGGGGGUGAGCAUGGUGUACCAGUCCAAGAAAGGGGGGACAACCUCAGUAGAAGCUAAGGUAAUUUGGAACUUACAUGGGAAUUGGUCAUUGAUUUGUUAGACAAAGAGAGGGGAAAUGAUUAUAAGAGUAAAGGAUUAAUCAAUCGCAUAUUAAUAAAUACAUUUUAGGAAAAUUGUCAUCGAAAUAGUAGUCUAUUUAUAAGUAUAUUUAUAGAAUUAGUGAUCUUCUUUCAAGCUUGGUUUACAUCUUUUUCAUUUCAUUUCUCAUUGAAUAUUUUAAAUUUAAAAAAUGUUUUAAUUUUCUGAGUAAAAAGUUGUUCUAUUUAAUUUUUUUUUUUAGCUUUUAUUCUUGUUGCCAAUUAUUUAUUUUUUUUUUUCAAAAUGAUAUUUUAAGUAAUGAAUUAUAUUCCACUUCCUUCAGAAUGACCAUAGGCCUCUAACUGGACAAUUUGACCCCAAAAAUUUCCUUGAUCAAAUUGAAAAAGUUGACUCUACUGGUCUGGUCAUCCCAGAGUGGCGACGUCAAGUUUUAGCAAAACAUGCAGCAGAGAAAGCCCAGAAGGAAUUUGAAGAAAAGAAAAUUGUAUGUAGCUAGCUUGCCACAAAAAAAUAUCUUUAAUAGCAUCACACAUAAAAAUGGUAACUAAAAUGUAUGAUAAAACAUCAUACCAGUGAAAUAGUAAACCAUCACCCAAAUAAAAUUGUUUCAAACAAACAUUAGAUAGGGCUGUGAUGGUUUUUUUAUGCAUCUUCCUAUGAAGAGUAAUAUUUGCCUGCUAUGGCACAUAAUCAUGAUUUGAUUGUGUCCCCUUCUUCUUGCAGGCAGAAGACUAUGAGGAGAGGUUUAAGAACAUGCCUGCCUGGAAGAGGGCUGUGAUAGAACGCAAGGAAGCUCAAGUCAGGUAAUAAUGCUAAGAUAUUCAGAACAUCUUUGAGUUUGCAUCAAAAUUGUUUUAUUAAAUUUUUUCAUUUUUUAAUGCUUUACAGACAUAUUUUUUUUUUAAAGGUAUGAAAUCAUGACCUAUAAAUAUUAAAUGACACAUAUAAAUUCAAAUUUUCAAUGGAAGUAAAGUAUAUUGAAACAAAUUUUUAAUCAUCAUUUGCAUUCUAUAUUGUUAUUUAGACUUGAAGAAUUUAAAAUUUUCGAAACCAUUCUUUCAAAAUAAAAUUAUUGAAUGUUUACAAGCAAAUUUCCAUUAAUUUUUUUUCUCAGGGAAGAAGCUGAAGCUGCUAAAAAGUGAUAGGUUUCUUCCUUCAUGAAAUAAAUUGGGUGUUUCUGUUGGAUGUUUGUUGAAUGACAUAUAGAUAUUGAGUGUUCCUGUGUUAUGAUUGCUAAGUCAGCAUAAAUGAGAAUAGGAAGAAAUUAAUGAGAAGCUGAUUUAUAUGUAUAAUUUAUGCCUGUGUCUACAUUAUUUUUUCAAGGUUGUCUAAUUUUCUGGUGGAGUCCCAAUUUUUCUAUAAGAUUAUCAGCAUUAAGAUAAAAUAUUAUUUUUCAAUUUAAAAAAUGUCCAAUAGCUUCAACAUUCCAAUAAACGCACUAGCAAUUUAUGUCCUGUAGACUGGUAUCUAAUGGUCAAAAAUA